CGGCCGGUUUAGCCCCGGCUCUCUAUGGUGGCGGGGUGAGGGUGGGGGUGGGGGUGUGCGGUGAGGUAAUAGUUUUCCCUCCCCAGUUAAGAUCCGGGAGGGAGAAGAAAGCGAGGAAAUGGCGGAAAUGGAGUGAGUGGGUUCUCCUUGCGGAGGGGGAGGGGGAAAGCGCGCCCCGUGAGAGGGACUGGCAGGCGCGUCCGCGGGGAAAUCCCCGGCAGGCCUGAGGCGGGAGGAAUGGAGGCCCCGGUUGCCAGGGCGAUGCGGGCGAGAGGGAACGUGGGAAGGCGAGGCCGGGCCGGGCGAGGCAGGCGCUGAACGGGGCAGAGGGGAAAAGAGCCACGGCAGGCGCUGCCCUGCCCCUCAGCGGGUGCCCUCACGGACCUGCUCGCCCCAGGGGCACGCGCCUCUGAGCAUGUGCAGAGCGCCUUGGGGGUCAAAAUUUUCCCCCACCCCGGGGGACGUGCGGUUCGCACCCUUGUUUUCGUCUGCCUCAGCCCCCUGUCCUGAACCAGCCGCGUUUGCCAGUUAGAAUGAGGAUGUUGGGGUUCAAAUCAGGAAGCCAGGGUUCAAAUCGUUGGUCUGAAAAAUACAUUGGGUGACCUGGGGCCAAUCCCUGGCCCAGUUCACACAUAGGCCAUUUGCCCUAACUGGGGGAUCAUCCGGACUGCUGUUCGUGCCGCAGUUUCUAAGCACAGCUUGUAGGCAUGGGGUCAGAGUGGGUUUCUUUUCUUGACUCUCCACUUUCUCUAGGCAAACUCAGGGCUUAUCCAGACUUCCUUUUGUGCUGUGUUUCUAGACACGGGCCAGCUUUAAAGAGCCGUAUGUUGAGUGCUUUUUUGUUUUGUUUUUUGACUCGGUGCGUGAGAAAACCUGCUCCAUACCACAGAACAGGAGGAAAUGGUCAUCCUCAGUUUUUUAUGAGGAAAGCAAUAGGACAAAAACAGAACCACCGUUUGGACCCGUGCUUACAAAGCGCUGACCUAUGCCUAGAAAUUAUGGCAGAAACAGAAGUGUGGAUGCUGUGGUUUGGUGUGAACUCAUGUGGGUUACCAGGGUGAAGAUUGUGGCUGCUGGACAUUCUGUGGCCACACUAUGAAGGCUAAACCAUGGUUUGGCAUAGUGUUGCAUCCUGAACUCAGGCUUAUGAUUUGUAUCUCUCAGACAAACCAUGCAUAGUACGCUGAGAACUGCCUUUGGUUACAGCUUGUGAUUUGUCUGGAGUGAGACAAACAAGGCAAGGUUCAGACAUAUACCUAAGCCGCAUCAUGGUUUAGUCCUGAGUAACUCAGCAGCAGUAGAACCAGAGGAGAAGCAGGGCCUGGAUUUUGACUCCAGGAACCUGCUUAUUUGUGUGAAAACAUGGUUUGGCCUAGGGUUAUAUCUGAACCAGUUUAUAGUAUCAGCCUAGUCUACUUUACAGAGGUGUUCUGGGGAUGGAAAAUUGGGGAUGUAAGGGAGAAUUGUACAUGCCACAUUGAGCACCUUGGCGAUAAAAAUGUAAAAUAAAUCAACAUUGGGUUGCUAUCCCAUCCUUUGGAAUUUACUGCAGCAUAUAAAGUCCUCCUCUCCCUUUAUCUGUUGUCCAAAUGUAAAAUCUACCUUGGGCAGCAUGCUCCCAUGCAUUUAGGAGACGCCUUUUAUUCUUCUGUUGACAACCUGAAUGCUUGCACACAAAUAGCUCAUAAAAGUGCUUUUAAGUGUUGCAUGUGAAUACACACCUGAGUCAGCAUAUAGGGGCCCUGGGGGUAUUACCAGCUCAAGUUCCAGAUGCUGGUACAUGUCAUUUGAGAAAUCAAAUCACUUAUGCCAGAUAAGCUGAUCCACAAUCAAGGACAUGUUUCUCCUCUUCACUUCCUCCUGUGUAUGGAUUUAUCUGGGGUUCUUUUCUAUAAUAGCUUAGUAUCUCAGGGUCGGUGCAAAUCAUAAAGCUAACCACUGCCAGUCAGCACUUUGCUUUCAGCUAAGAUUUGCAAGUAUGUGAGAAUUGGGGUGAUUAAGCGAGAUAAUUAAGUGUGGAUGCCUGUCACUUCUCCCUUCCCAACAAAUCAAACCACCUACAGAAUUUUAGAAAUCAGAGUUGGUUGUGCUGUAUGCAGUCAGCUGCAGCCCCUGAAGAUGAUCAGCACAUGGCAUGUCUACCAGUAGGCAGUACUUGCCAAGUUGCUAGGCUGAAAAAGAGCUAUUACAGUGGUACCUCGGGUUAAGUACUUAAUUCGUUCCGGAGGUCCGUACUUAACCUGAAAUUGUUCUUAACCUGAAGCACCACUUUAGCUAAUGGGGCCUCCCGCUGCUGCCGCGCCGCUGGAGCACAAUUUCUGUUUUCAUCCUGAAGCAAAGUUCUUAACCUGAAGCAAUAUUUCUGGGUUAGCAGAGUCUGUAACCCGAAGCGUAUGUAACCCGAAGCGUAUGUAACCCGAAGCGUAUGUAACCCGAGGUACUACUGUACUGCCUUGCUGUAUACUUCUUUUCAGCCUCAGCAAAGCCCCUAGAAUUGGUUUGGGGCUAUCUUAGACUGGAAGGGAGAGGAUGUUUGCUUCCUUCCUUCCUAUUUAAUCAAAGGGAUGGGCACAUUAGGUAAAUUGCAGGAUUGCCCAACACAUUUACAGGGAGAACUGGCUGCUGACUGAAGCAAUAUGGAGCCAGAGAAUCUAUCAAAACAUAAGAAAAGCCCUGGUGGAUCAGGCCAAAGCCUUAUUAUAAUCCCACAUCCUCUACUCACAGUGAUUCCUAGCAAGUAAUAGUCAGAGGUGUACUGCCUUCAACAUUAGAGAAAGAACUUAGCCAUUGUGGCUUGAUAGCCUUGUCCUCCGUUAAUUUGUGUAAUCCUUCAAAGUAAUCCAAACUGAUGGUCACCAGUACAUCUUGUGCCAAGUAGCUGUAAGAAAAGUGAAGGGGGAUAGCAAGUUGACUUGUUUUUCCUCUCUCCUCCCCCCCCCCCCAGCAAAAUAUUGCUGCUCCCCACUUGAAUUUCUUUAUGUUGACACACUUUUUGCUAGAGGUUUUUGAGGUUAGUUAGGAUGAGGGACAACGACUUGUGGACCUAGUUCACACACUGAUGCACUUCACAAUGGUUUCACAAAGCAGUGGUUAAGGGAACAAUCCUGUAUGCAGCUGGUGGUAUAAAUUGAGCCGGCAUAAAGUACAGUGGUACCUCUGGUUACGAACACUUCAGGUUACAAAUGCUUCAGGUUACGAGCUCCGCUAACCCGGAAGUAGCUGCUCCUGGUUGUGAACUUUGCCCCAGGAUGCGAAUGGAAAUCGCACGCCAGAGGCGCAUGCGCAGCAGGAGUCCCCAUUAGCGAAAGCGUGCUUCAGGAUAAGAACAGUUUCAGCUUAAGAACAGACCUCCAGAAUGAAUUAAGUUCGUAACCAGAGGUACCACUGUACACCAGAUCCAAGCUCUAUUCAGGAGCAGGGCUGUUGCUGGCUCAGCUGGCCUAAGUCUGGCAGAUGGAAAACAAGCCUAUAAAAUAGUGUUUGAGUUUACUCCACUCUUUUUGUUGGCUUAACUGGGUUUCUGGCUUAACUGGGCGCUGGGUUGCCAUGUCAUGUGACUAAAUUAAACAGGCAUAGGAUUCAGCCUGUCACCCCUCUUUGGUGCCACCCGUGCCACAUUCCCAAGCUUUUUCAGCCAUGGCUCAGCAAACUGGAUCCCAGCUGAGCUGGGAUAGGUAAAUUAAGGUGGCGUAGUCCAGAAAUCCACUCUAUCCCUCCUCUCUCAUUUUUACAUUAGAGGUUCCUUUGCAUUUAAUGUGCAAGUUUAAGAAAAAAAAAGAAAAUAUAACUUUUAUUUUUAAAAUAUGGUUUGUAACGUUUUUUUAUUAAGGGUCUCUGAAGGUAUUCACAGCAAAGGACUUAGGUAAAUAGCUGUCGAAUAUCAAACAGCAGUAAGGAUUUUAUAUAAAUGAUACGAUUUACAUAAGUGUAGAAAAAGAAAGAGACCAGAGAAUCAUCAUCCCAAAGUUGUGUCCUUCGGGUUGUGGCUGGAGGGGUGAGCAAAGCCAUUACUAAGAGUCUUUGGGGAAAGUGUGGACAUCUCAUAAGUUUGUUGGCAAAUGGGAGGUUGGCAUAUGAGUUUGGGCAGGAAAAAGAGGAAGAAGCGGCAGAUUACAGGCUUGAUAGUUUAGCAGAAAGGUACAAAUGUAGGAUUUGAAUGUAUGCCAAGCUUUGGAAGAUUCUCCCUGCCCCACAUGCCACCCUCAGCAUGUGCCCGUCCCCCACCACUCCAGCAAAGCUUCACCAAGCUGCCAGGAUAAUGCUUCACCUGAUGUGAUGUGGGCACCAUAAAUCAUUCUGAAUUUUCUUUGAAUGUGGGCCUAGGGAUGCCUCAGGGCUCUGCUUGCAAACCUCAGAGAAGUCUUGUGUGAGAUCAGUUUUUUAAAUUUAUUUUUAGUUAUGCAUUUUCCAGCAUACAUUAUACAUACCUUUCCCCAUCCUAUCAGAUCUAAUAGACUUCCCAACCUAUCUUUCAUUGACAUCCUAUUACAGAUUCAUUAGUUUGCUACAUCUCCAUGGGUUAUCUAUUCUUUUCUCCUUCCAUUCAUGAUCCUUUAUUUUGCCUGCUGCUGAUCACAGAUUUAUCCCUGCUUGUAGAUUUAUCUUAGUACCACUUCAUUUUAAAUAUCCUUCAAAUUGUUCCCACUCGCUUGUCACUAUCUUUCCAUCUAUAUUUCUUAUUUUGUCCAUCAUACUUUCUAGCUCGACAUAUUCUAUUAGUUUAAGCAGCCAUUGAUCUUUCGUUGGGAUAGCCUUCUUGUUCCACAUUUUUGCGUACAGUAUUCUUGUGGCUGCUGUUGCAUAAAGAAAUAAGUUUUUAACUUCGUUUGGUAUUUCCUCACCUACUAUUGCUAACAGGAAUGCUUCUGGGUGUUGGGGGCACUUAAACAUCUUUUUUAGUUUGUUAUACAGUAUAUAAUUUCCCGUAAUUUCCCCCCACAAAUUUGCAUUGCCACCACAUGUGAAUUAAGGAGCCCUCUGUAUCUCAACAUUUCCAACAUAAAUUUGAUCCUCUUUUGUACAUUUUUUUACUCUGUCCUAACCCCACUCAUCUUGGUGGCUCUUCCUCUAAGAUUGAUCCCUUAGUUUUACAGUCACCGUUGAGCCAUUGCUUAAUGACAUUGCAUUAUCAUUUCCUCUUUUUUCUGAUGUUCAGAUUGUGAGUAUUGUUGUUUAAGUAGCCAAAGCAGCAGCACGCCUGCACAAGAGGGUUUGGAGGAACCCCAAAGUGAGCUGAAGUACAUUUCUUUUAAAGGAAGAGAAAUUAUAAAGGGGGGAACCUCCAAGAUACCCCAGUGAGUUUUAGGUGUGCUAAAAUUCUGACUGACUAUUGGCGGUAAAAUGCCCCGGAAAAGCAGUGGUGGGGAAGGAGAAAUGGAACAGAGCGGCUAGAAUCUGAACAGCAGCACCUCACUGCAGCAUUUGAAGCAGGUCAUCUUUUUAUUAGUAUUCUUCAAAAAACAGCACUACAUGUAUUUUAUUAAACAUGAGUAUUCUUUGUAAAUAUAGCAAAAUAGCCUGAAAUAGCAAGAGUAGUCCAGAGUUCCCAGUCUUCGGAAGCAGGCUUUCAAACUGUAGAGAUAAUAAAAAAGGGAACAGCAGCUUUCUUUGCUUAUUAUUUAUGGUUUAUUUUAUUUUCUCUUAUGUUUAUCCUGACUUUCUUCCCAGAGAAGCCCAGAGCAGCAGACAAUACAAAACAAAAGCAAUGCAAACAGUAUCAAAAGAAUUAAAAACAUUUAAACAUGAGUCAUGUAUCCUCAGGGAUGCGGAUGGCACUGUGGUCUAAACCACUGAGCUUAGGGCUUGCCGAUCAGAAGGUCGGCGGUUCGAAUCCCUGCGAUGGGGUGAUCUCCCGUUGCUCAGUCCCUGCUCCUGCCAACCUAGCAGUUUGAAAGCACGUCAAGUGCAAGUAGAUAAAUAGGUACCACUGCGGCAGGAAGGUAAACGGCGUUUCCGUGUGCUGCUCUGGUUUCUCCAGAAGCGGCUUAGUCAUGGUGGCCACAUGACCUGGAAAAACUGUCUGUGGACAAACGUUGGCUCCCUCAGCCAGUAAAGUGAGAUGAGCACCGCAACCCCAGAGUCGUUCGCGACUGGACUUAACUGUCAGGGGUCCUUUACCUUUACCUUUACCAGUUAUCCUCCUUUGAGCGUGGGCCCUUAUAUUACCCAAACAGCACAAAACACAUGAAAGGAGGUAUCAGCAGGCUUUGGGGAACGCCUCCCUAAGCUUGCAGAAGCACAAACUAUUUUAAAAAUACCCAUAAGCCACCCCCCCAAAAAAAAAGACUUGGGCAUUUUUUAUACUAAAAAUGGCAGUUUAACUCUUAGGCAAGCAUGCUGUGCAACCUAAACCUACUUCUUCGUUUCCUUAGCUUUUUUGGUGGGUUUCUCUCUGAGAAAAGCUUGUGACAUUCUGAGGUUUUGCAUAUAGUGGCUCAAGAUAUGACACCAUAAUUCCUGUUGUGAAAUAAAUUCACUUUGCACUUUGCCCAUCCCUACUCCACUACAGUUGGCAUAGAAUGCUGAUUAACUGUUGGAUAGAUUGUAAUGAGAAACAGGUGGGAGAAGAAGAGUGAAACGGCAUAUACUGGAAAAGGCAUGUUUGGCUGGCUGGCACUUUGUACAGGAGUGCAAUGUACUGCAACAUUUUAUUUCAGAUCCCAUUUAUUUUCACCUUUUAUAGAUAAAAGUUUAUGAUAUCCUGCAGUCAAUGUCCUCUGUUAAUCCAGUACCUAAUGCUAGAGUCCAUUUGUCAUCAUGUGCUACUAUUUGUUUUUGCCAUGUUCAUGACAAUAUACCAAAUACUCCUGUCUUGUUGAAUACUUGAAUAUAUGACUGCACCAUAAUAAUUCAACAUGUAUUUUCCCCCUUCAGACUGAUGGGUUUUUGCAGGUAUAUUCUGCAACAUGCCACCGAUUUAAUAAUAUUGCAUUAGUGAUAGAUUUACACUCGACUGUCCACAAACCAUUCUACCUUAUUGCUUGUUCUGCAAUAAUUCCCCAAGGUUAUGUUAUUGCCAUUUGGAGGGGCAUUAUUGUACUAUAGUGCAAUAAAAGUGGAACAAAAAGUUACAGGAUUUCAACAGGAAAGUAUGGAGCAUGCAUUGAUUGGAAACAAAGCAGAAUGUCUACCCCAAAACAUUUGCUGGCCCAAAGCAGUAUUGAAAGAGGAAUCAUAUAUAACCUCCCCAAUACCAUCAUAAACACAAAACAACAUUGAUGUAGCAUAAAAAGGAUGUUUUGAGGAGCCCAUUGUGUCUAGCAAUAAUUGCCUAUUAUUUCCAUCUUGGCAAGUAUAUGUCUUCUUACCUCCUUUAUCUUCUGCUUCUUUGAGAAGACCUCAGGUUCCCUUGGGGUCUUUCUGUGUUGUUUAGGUAGCACAAGACCUCCCUUCCCUCCCAGUCAUCAUUAUCACAAAGUGCAUGAUCCACAUCCGCGCCCCCUCCUGCCUCGUCAUCCAAGACUGUCAUGUUCUCAAUUUCUCACCAACUUGGCCUAGCUCAGUGGUGUCCAAACUUUUUUCAAAGAGGGCCAGAUUUGAUGAAGUGAAGGGCCGUGAGGGCCAGCCAAAGAGCCAACCAAAGUUAAGUUGUUGAGCUUUUUUUAGGAUUGAAGUUGUUGAGUUUUUUUAGGGUUAAAUGUUGUUGAGGGAUUUACCCCAGGAAAUAAUAAUAAAGAUCUCAGGGUGGUUCACAGCAUAAAAAUACAGAAGAAAACCACAGAGUACAUAAUAAAAACAAAACAAGCCAAUAACCUCCCCCCUUUUAAUCAGCCAAAGGCCUGGUUGAAGAGGAAGGCUUUUGCCUGGCACCUAAAGAUGUGUAAUGAAGAAGCCAGAUAAGCAUCCUUGGGGAGGCAUUCCCCAAGCAGGGAGCCAUUUCAGAAAAGGCCCGUUCUCAUGGUCUUGUGGCCCGUUCUUGUGUUGCCAGCCUCCUGUCCUCCCAUGGAGGAGGAACACGAAGAAGGGCCUUAGAGGAUGAUCACAGAGUCUCAGCUGGUUUAUACGGGGAGAGGCGGUCUUUGAUGUAUUGUGGUCCUGAGCCAUUUAAGAUACUGGUUGCGUGAAGGUACCCUAAGGCAUCUACCCUCUCUUACGAGGUUUAAGUCCAAGGAUCAACAUGGUUGUCUCUUCCCUCUCAAAGAAGUAGAACAAGGGUGCCAAGCAAAGUGCAUAGCUGCUCAUUCAUCACAAUACUGCCAUGUAAUUGAAGCAUUCUGGGACAUCCCAACCACCAAUGCUCCUGCUUGCUUUCUGCUGUAACCUGCUUUCUGCAAAUUGUGAGUGGGUGGUUUUUUUGCACCACACUGGGAAGUUUUACAUCCAAGGCUGGCAGAUAUAACCUCAGCUACAGGGUUUAUUGUGUUUUUUAACGUCUUUCCUGCUUUUCCUCCCUAAAUGCUGUCAUGGUCCUCAGUUGCUGGACCUUGUGCAGUUGGGCUUAAGCCUUGCUCCAUAAGGCACUGAAUCUCUGGAAAAUCACAGGCCUCCUGGGGCCCAGCUACUUCUGCUGGCUCUUUGCCCAGUUCCACCACUCCCCUCUUUGAUUUGUGAAUGCCCUUUUUUGUCCCUGUAUAAACUUCCUCUUGUCAGCCUUUGCUCUGUGCAGCAAAGCAUUUACUGUAGCCUCUCUCCUGGCUUUUGCCUGUUCUUGUUAUGUUUUGCUUUGCAUCUUGCCUCAGCUGGCCCUUUCCUGAUAUCUCACUUUCACAAACCCUGCUAACUCCUUUUCUUCCUGCACUUACCUCCUUUUGUGGCUGCCUUUCUAGAACUGACCAUAUACCUUGCUGAAAUACGUUCUAUCUCCAUCAGCAGCUUUCCCCAAAUCACCUCCCCACUCCUGUGAAGAUCCAGCUCCUCCUCUUUGUCCAAAGGGACCUGAUCCUGCAGGGAACACUAGCCAAUCCUUGAAAGCUGCUGACUAUUCAUGAGCAGAGAGCCCUUUAAAACACCCACAAACACCCACACCCACACACCCCAACUUCCUUUGGCAUCUUUAAUUUGUUUUUUGUCUAGGCAGGCUCAGUGCUGCACAGCAGAAAAUUUAAAGCAGCAAAACAUGUCACCUCGCAUACCCGAGGCAACAUACAUGUAUAUAGGAACAUGUACUUAAUGAGCACUUAAUUUCAGUGUAGCUUCUUACUGAAUACUCUAUUGUGGCAUCUGACACAUGUUCAUUCAGAGCAGAAGUGCAGGACACUAGGGUCUCUGACAGGUGCCCACAUUUUCACAAUUUUGGGGGGGAUAACGGGGGGAAAAAACUUUAUCCAGUGAACAUUUACUGUGUACUAAAUCAUUGGUGGGGGUGAGAGUAAUUCAGAGAUAGUGCUUUGCAUGUAUAACAUCCCAGGUUCAGUCUCUGGCAUGUCUAGUUAAAAGGUUCAGGUGUCUGCAGCGGACGGGGAAUGACCUUUUCCUGAAAACUCGGAGGUCUGCUCCUCCUCUGAAACUUCAGCAAUGGACUAAAUCGACAAAUUGUCUAUAUCAGGCAUAGGCAAACUUGGCCCGCCAGAUGCUUUGGGACUACAACUCCCAUCAUCCCUGACCACUGGUCCUGUUAGCCAGGGAUGAUGGGAGUUGUAGUCCCAAAACAUCUGGAGGGCAGAGUUUGCCUAUGCCUGGUCUAUAUCAGUGUUCUUCAACCUUGGCUCCUUGGGUGUUACUGGACUACAAAUCUGAUCCAGCUGUGCCAGUGGUCCAGGAUGUUGGAAGUCGCAGCCCGGCAACAUAUGGUGGACUCAUGGUUGAAGAAUACUGGUCUGUGGUCUUAGGCAACAUUGCAUGUUCCUAACCUUGUUUUUAGUGCGUGUAGCUGAGUGUAGGUAGUUCAGUAUGUGGACCAGGAUUAACACCAUUUUGCCAUGUUUAUUAUAUCAAGGAUGGCUGAACUGAAAGCAUAACUUGAAAAUGAGUUUUUAGCUUUCAGUGAGUCAUUCAGUAAUGAUUCCUGCUGGAGGAAAACCAGCUGAGUGUCUCCUCAGUCUGACCUGGGUGUGUUUUAUCUUACAGGUUCUCAAACGCUACCCACGAAGUGCUCAAUGCCACCCUCCACACCACGCUGGCGCUCACCACGAAGCUGGUGCUUCCUACACCUGCCAAGCCUAUUCUUCCAGUGCAAACUGGGGUGCAAGCUCAACAAGAGGAGCAGUCAAGCGGCAUGACUAUAUUCUUUAGUCUUCUUGUAUUAGGUGAAUGUGCAUCCAAGACUUUCUGAUCAGUUACUCUUGGCUGCUCGCCGGAGCAAAUGCAGGUGGACAAGUGGAAACAUAGGAACAUGGGUAGCCUAAACGUCUCUGUUACCCAAGUCCCCUGUUUCACUGUUCACAGGCCACCCUCACUUAGAAUUCAUUUCCAUGUUUGCUAUUCCAGUCAAGGAUUGGUCCCUGGUAUUAUGUUUCUGAUCCUUAGAAAACAAGCAAACUAGUCUGCUUUUGAGGGUCUGAAGUCAAAUAAUAGUUGAGAAAAUAUCUCAUAGUACUUUCUUUUCUCCUCCCCAUCCCAAUCACUAGCUUUAUUUCAGUGUGGAGCAUUAGUAAACUUUUUUGUUCCUUUGAGUUUUUGCAUGGUUUUUGUUUGCAUGCUUUAUUUAUUUACUGGGCGAUUCUCUGUGUGGAUUGUUGUAUUUACACAAGCCCAUGAGAUAUUAGGGUCCUGUUAGGAUGAUCUGCCCUCAGAGGCUGAUAGGUUCAUUUAGUUUCCAAAUGGCUUUGGGAAAUUUUUUCAGAUAAUAUGACUGGCUGUCUUGCUGAAGCCCUGGUUGAUCUGUGGAAUAUAUGGAUGCCCCUAUCCCACUUGGUGGGAGACUUGUUGGUAUAUACCAGUGUUGACGGCAAUGAAACAAACUGGGAUUCUGCUUGAAUUCAUGUGAGGAAAACUCCAGAAGACUGGGAUAGAAUGACAGUGAAUGCUCACUAUUGAGCCUGCUCAGUGGCAGUGAAGAAGACACACUUUGCUGCUUCCAUUGCAUCCUCGCUGUCACGCUUUUCUGGGUACUGCAGGGCCCACAGUCAUUUGUUCACUAGUAUUCAUGCCAUCGCAGAAGAAGAAUAGCUCUGUUAGCACCAACAAAUGUCUCACAAAGUAGUGAGCAAAUCUUUUGAGUUUUGGAGAGCUCUUCUUCAGGUUUGUGCUAAGCAGAAGGGAGUGGGAGGGCUGGACAAGAUGCUGCUGCCCUAAAGCAGGGAAAAGAGAACCCAAGGCCCUCCAGAUGUUGCUGGACUACAUCUCCCAGUGUCGCUGGUCAUUGGCCCUGCUGGUAGGGCUAAUGAGAGUUGGAGUCCUGCAACAUCUGCAGGGCAUGCAGAAGGCGUCUGGCAAAUUUAAUUGCAAUAGAUUGAGAUAGUAUUGCCCAACUGGCAUUUUCCGCUCUCCAAAGUCAUGUACCUUUCUGUGUUGAUGGUGAUAACAUAUUUGUACUAGGCUAGAGGAACCUGCCAUAGGCCAUCCAUCACACCUAGUAUUGUCUACUUUGGCAAUGGUUCUCUAGGGUAUCUGGCUGAACUUGAGCACAACACCUGCUACCUGAUCUUUUUAACUAGAGAUAGAAAGGGCUGAAUGUGGGGCUUUCUGCAUGCACACCAUGUGUUCUGCCACUGAGUUGUGAUCUCUUAGGGCAAGGGUUGCCUUUGAAGACCCUUGCUGAUAAGUGUGUGGACACCUGGCCACAGACAGAGGAGUUGCAAGGCCACAUUUAGCCCAUGGGACAGACGUUCCCCACCCCUGCUUUAUGCAGCUCCCAUGCGCAAAGGUAGUUUCCUGCUAAACACCUGUCACUUGGUGGGAAUAUUGGGGCGUCAGGGACUGCUGCCUUCAUACUUCGCUUGUGAGCUUCCUGGAGUUACCUUGUUGGCCAGGAUGUUGGACUAGAUGAGCUGAUUCUUCAGGACUCUUGUGUUCUUACAUAGCGUACCUGUGGAGAUGGUCCUGUGCGCUCCACCUUGUGUGCUGGUUGGAGACCGGGAAAGGCUGGCACUUGGUGUGUGCAUUCUGCCGGGAACGCCACUCUGAAACAGAGCCGUGUCAACUUCAGGUUGUUCUUUAUUAAUUGCAAGUGUGCGUGUGUGUGCAUGUCCUCUCCAGAAAAACACAAACGUUGGACAGUUUUCUGUGAUCUUUUAGACGUCUGCUGUAAUAAGAAUAUUCACUUCGUGUGAGAAAGUACAGGCUUGUUUGCAAUACCGUAGACAUUUUGUAUAAGCACAGGGAGGCAGAUCCUAUGAUAAAGUGCCAAGAGACUUUAAGCAAAGCAAAAGAAGGCAAUAAAAUUGAGAUAGUUUUUAUUCCAAAUAAACGAACAUUCCUUGUUUGUGCAAAACAGCCCUUUGUCUUUAGAGGAAACCGGCAUCUGCCUUGCAUCCAAGGCUAACUUGAUGUUUAAGUAGUCAUAAAAAUGAAAGUUCCAAGCCAAAGGAAAGGGCAGAAGAUAAUGCAACUCAAAGUCUAAACAUCACAAAGAAUUUAAAAGGUUGCUUUGGGGUGAUGGAAGAUUCUUUCCCUCCCUUUUCUAGCAAAAUAUACUAAUAUAAACUAAGAUCUGGACUGUAUUAAAAACUGUCCUGGAAGCAGCCAGUACUGCGAGUGCCAUCUACCUGCUACUACCCACCCCUACCCCAAGUAGUGGUUUUGUGCCAUUAACUGUCCAGCUACUACAACCGUAACAACAGAACUAUAACUAGCUGGCACAAAAUAAACACGUGGGCUGGGGAGUCCGCAAAGGCUGGCUUGGUGGAUUAGCCAGCCAUUUUUUUUAUGGUUGCCAGCAGCCUUCUGCUCUUCACAGAAUCCCCUUGAAGUGGACAGAGGGACUAGCAGAGAGACUUUCAUUUGCACUGAGGUAUGAAGACGUUAAGAAGCAGCAAGAGCCUCUUGUUCUGCCAGGACAAGACGACUGCUCCUAAUAACUGCUCCAAAUCACAACUGAGAGAUUUGGGGGAACGGAUCUGAGCACUCCCAUGUACCCCACUUAUCAGAGUAGUAGUCUUCAAUAUUUUCAGCCCUGGGACCCCUUUCAGCCCAAAUCUGUAUUUGGGGAGCCAUUUUUAAUGCUUUGUUUCUAUCCAUCUACCUGUGACCUGGUUAUGGGUUCUGAACUACCAUUUGCAGACCAAUGCACUAGUGGGCCAGUUGUCCUUGUCCAGUUUGUAAAUGCCAGAUACCAGAUUUGGACAGUCCACCACAGCAAUGGCACUUCUGCGGCACUGAUAGGGAUAGUAUCAAGAGGUUCUUGGCCUUUUGGCUAAGAUCAAGUGUUGCAUCUGUUCUUAUCAGUUUAAUAUCUGAGUAUGUUUUACCUGUAAGGUAAGUUCUACUGAAAUCCAUUGGAUUAAUGGCCAUGUAAACAGCUGGUAUCCUAAGGUAAGUUAUUUUACAGAAGACAGUGGAAAGGAAAGUUUUCUACCCCCUGAUUCCCCUGCAGUCACCAAUCUUGGGAGAGUCGGGAUGUCUUCCUAAGCAAUGUGAGAUGAAGAUAAUUGGCCAAAAUCGGGCUGGCUCCUAAGAAAAGUUAACUGAAGGAAGUUCAUAGAAGGAAUAUUUCCUUUUCCCAUCUCCCCAAAGAGCUCCCUCACCUUAUUCCAAAUUGUUUAGUGGAGCUCUCCUGACUCUCCAGUGAGGCUUUUGGGGGCACAUAGGUUGCUUCAAGAGGAGAAGAGAUAUGUGCCUUCUGUAAGCUUCUUCAUUUAUCUUACGAUUUGUGCCAAUGUGUUUAGGAUCAGGACUUUUUAGGGCACUUGAGUCUUGAAAGCCCUGUUACGCAGGUGCACUGUCAUGCAUGGUUCUUUGUAAUCAAGUCAUCAAGAAUGAUUCUAUCCACCUAGGGGAUACUGAAGGAGAUAAAAAAAACCCGCACAACACUGUAAAACCUACUAUUUCAUCUUUUAAUGCACUUGUCCCUGUUCUGGCAAUAUUUGAUAUUUCUCAACUCCAUCGCUACUACAUCUUUUUUUGGCUUUGCAUUUUUUUUCAAUUUCCAAAGGGAAUCACACAAUUUGUUUGAAUUGUGCUGUGUAGCUGCUGUUUAUCCUGUACCUAAAUGUUGUUUUGUUUCCCUGCCAGGUAUUUGCAUCAUAUUGGUGCAUUUAUUGAUAAGAUUCAGGCUGCAUUUCAUGCCAGAGAGUGUUGCUGUUGUUUCUUUAGGUGAGUACCUCAUAACAAUGGGGAAAAGGAACUGUAUUCUUGUGUACUUAUUAAUUGUUCAGAUAAAACACACCCUUUUUUUCCAGUGCUCAUUCUGAUUCAGUGAAGGAGGGAGAAGGGACGGUGCAGGCUGUUUUGCAGAGAACGAACCAGGUCUUGUCUGAGAGCUAAUCUAGUUCGCAGGGGGAUCUGUUCUCUCCAGACCCAACCAUUGCUGUGCUUGGGGGAAUUUGUUUAUUUAUUGUUUAUUGCAUUUAUAUCUCACCAUUUGUCUCUAAGGAGCUCAAGGUUGCGCACAUGGUUCUCCCCCCUCCUUUAAUCUCCACACAACCCUGUGAGAUAGGUUAGGCUGAGAGGCAGUGACUGGCCCAAGGUCACUCAGCAAGCUUUAUGUGGCUUGGUGGGAGAGCAUGUGCUUUGCAUGCAGAAGGUCUUGGGUUCAAUCCCCGGCAUCUCCAGGUUGGCCUAGGAGAGAGUUUUGCCUGAAACCAUGGAGAGCACCUGCCAGACAAUACUGAGCUAGAAGGACCAAUAGUCUGACCUGAUAUAAAUCAGUUUCCAUGUUCCUAACGACAGCCAUAGCAGCAGGCAUGCAGCCAUCUGCUUUUCUCAUGGACUCUGUGUCAACAGCCAGGGAGAUGCUUAUCAUAAGGAUGUGAGCAGCUGGAGAAAAUUCAGAGGCACCAACCGGGUUGUGUGUGAGGUCUGAUGAAUUAGAUCAUUAUUAAAAAAUACACAAAAGCAGAGAAGGCAGAAUUUACAGGCAGGGGCACAGAGUUCUUAUAAACAAGACCCAGUAUCAUAAAGUUAAGAAUUUAUGGUGUGAAGAGCUCAUAAGGGGCUUUUUUGCUUGCUUUUUUAUUUUUUAGGUUUCCUUGAUUUUAGAGAGAACUUUCACCCCCAGUUUAAUAGUGUCCUGUGGCAGGAGUUGGCCUAGAUAUAGCCAUUGCUUCUCUCUCACUUUCAGAAGCAGAUACACUGUGUGUAGCUCCCCAGAUUUCACAGUUCUCUGUAGGCAGAUGCAUGGAGGUUAUGCUUGACUUGUUAGUGUAUACAAAAUAUUGCUCAGCUGAAGGUCUUGGAAGAGGUAUGGAAUCGAAGAAGCGUUCUGCAGCUGUCUCCAAACGUGUGACUGACAGUUAGCAAAAGACGAUAAAUGAUAGGCAAUAGGAAAGUAGGCUAUCGUAACAGAACACGAGAAGGAGUCCUGCAGGGAAAAGAGAUUGGGAAUAAUAGACAUAGAUCUGGUAUGGAUGUGUAACACUAAACUAUGGUUUAGUUUUACAUGAAUGAGCCUUGGACUCAUGUCCUCACUCCUCCGGUACAAUUGUGAAGAGGAGAUCAAAAGCCUCCACUUAGUUUCAACUAACUUUGGUUUAUUUUUAUGACAGUCUCCAGAUUGUGCUUGAUCUUAGCUAUGGCUUAACCAAAGAAUACAGGAUCAUAAACCACAAUUUGAUCCCUUAACUAUAGUUAACACAGGUCACAGUUUGGUCGGGUUAUCACAUAAUAGCUAUCUCCCCAACGUGAGUGUCUUGAAGGGGUGGAAAAGGAAGUGGGAGUGCUUCACCUUGAGGUCUGUUCAGGUGUUUUGCAUUUUGUCCAAAUGAGGCUAUAGUGGAUUUUAUGUUGCAUGAGGAAGUCAAGUUUUGUUUACAUUGUCAACUGAAAGGAGAAGAGAGCGAUGGCUUUUCCUUCAAGUCUUGUGAGGAACAAUUGAGGGAGUUGGAUAUGUUUAGCCUGGAUAAAAUGAGACUGAGAGGCGAUAGGGUAGCCAUUGUCAAAUAUCCAAAGGGCUGUCACAUGAAAGAUGGAGCAAGCUUGUUUUCUCCUGGAGGGUAGGACCCAUACCCAUGGCUUCAAGUUACAAGAAAGGAGAUUCCAACGAAACAUCAGAAAGAAUUUUCUGACAAUAAGAGCUCUUCAACAGUGGAACAGACUACCUUGGGAGGUUGUGGGCUUUUCUUCUUGGGAGGUUUUAAAGCAGUGGUUGGAUGGCCAUCUGUCAUGGAUGCUUUAGCUGGGUUUCCUGCAUUGCAGGGGCUUGGACUAAAGGAUCCCCAGGGUCCCUUCCAAGUCUACAAUUCUAUGAUUUACCCAAGCUGAAAGUUGGAAGAUUUAUCCAAGGUGGAAAGCUAUUUUUAGGGAAAUCUGGUAGCUAAAAGCAUGAACUGUGCUCUGCAAGUCCCUUACAUCCGUUACAUCGUACACGAGUCAUGAACUCACCGGUUGUGGUCCUUAGUGCAGGAGUCUCCAACCAUCAGGUGAUGUUGUAUUGCAGCUCUCAUCAUCCCUGACCAUUGGCCAUGCUGGCUGAAGAUGAUAGGAGUUUGCAUCCAAAUCAUUUGAAGGAUACAGGGUUGGGGAUGGUUCUAUUGCCUACCUUUCAGCAGCAGCUCAUUUCCAUCCUUAGCAUGGGUAAAAUAGCUAUGUUAACACUAGUCUGCCUUAAGGCUUGUUGUUAAGUAUUGCUGAGACAAUGUAGAUAAAUAGUCACUAAACAACUAGCCCUUCUUUUAACUGCAAUUAUUAGCUGUUCUUCUUAAGAUUGCUCUUUUCUCUCCCUGUUCUUAUGUUGCAUUGUUAAGUUGUAAGCCUUUGGCAAGGAAUGCUUUUUCACGGAGCUAUUCUACAGGGCCCAGUAUAGUUUUAAGCUCUUUAUAAAUAAUCAAGGUCGUAGUGCUGCUUCUUAUUAGUAUGUAAGUAAUUUUGAUAAGCUUUGAGCCCUUUGGAAUUAAGUACUACAUAAAGGCCAUGUAUUAAUUAUCAUGAUGCUACUAAAACAUUGCAUGCUAUUGAGGAGCUGCCAUCAAGACAACGCCAAACUGAGAAUAAAAAUGCCACAAGAAAGGAGCAAAGAAACACAGAAGCUGACUAGGGGAACAAUAUGUCCUGUGAAGCACAUCCAAGUUGAACUGAGGAACACGUUCGAGACAUUGUCUGAAGAAGAGGGAGAUUAGAUGCUGAGUUGGCCCUGGAACAAAUGACAAAAGCCUUAGGAUAAAUAGGACUUUAGCAGUGGCUGUGGACGAGCCAUGAGACACUUAGGAAAGAGCAAUAAUAUAAGGGAGUGCUGUUUUGGAAAUGCCAUUAAAGUACGAACAGAAAGAGAGAGAGACAGAAAGUACAAGCAAGGAGACCAUAAAAUACUGCAGCGGGUAGAAGAGUUAGUUCACUUGUGAUGGUAAAGCCUAGAGGUGUGAAGGCUGUGGUGAGACCACUGUUGAAAAAGGCAUUAUUGGAUCCCAUUGCCCUAGAUAAUUCUCAGACUGUGUCCACUGUUCUAUUCUUGAUUAAGGUCCUGGAACGUGGCAAACAACCUCUUGCCUUUCUUGGAUGAAGCUCACUAUCUGAAUUCUUUCCUAUAUGAGUUCAGGCCUGAUUCUGGUUUGUUUAGGACCGACCAGGUGGAUGAACUAUGCAGGAACUGGACAGGGGAAGCACAUGCCUGUUGGUUCUGCUGAACCUCUCAUUGGCAUAUGAUACCACCAGCCAUAUUAUCCUCCAGGAGCUGUCCUCAAGGGGGAGGGAUGUAGCUCAGUUGGUAGAACACAUGGGCUGAAUCCAAAAAGAUUCAAUCCCUGAUAUCUUCAGAUAGGGCCGUGAAAGAUUCCUUUGUGAAACCUUGGAGAGCCAUUGCCAGUCAGUGUGAACCAAGGUGGGCAGCAUUUAGACUUGCAGGAUGUAAGCCCUGAGAUCUACCAACUGGGAGCAGGUACAAAAGACAUGUACCUAGAAUUAAGGGAUUCUGGCCCAUGAAUUUGCUGUGAGUACCAGAACUGAGCUGAGCUCGUCGUCCUUCAUCAUAAAAAAAAUAUGGUUACUGCCCCCUGGCUGUCAUCCUCUUCUUUCUUUCUUUCUUUCUUUCUGCAGCAAAAAAAGUAUUUUUUGGGGGUGGGGCAGAUUUAUUUGUUUUUUUUUUAAAAAAAAACCUGGAAGUCAUAAAUCCUAUAGGAAAUCACCCAGAGAUCUACCAAUAGAUCUCUUAUCUGCUUCCUGCCCGCCCUUGAUGUAGAUAGUACUGAGCCAGAUAGACGAAUGGUCAGAAAUGUUUUUGUUCCAGUUUUUAUUGCUAAAUGGAAAAGCAGAAGUGGUUAGCAGAAGUGCUUUCACUAUGACAUGCAAUGUACCUGCUAACUUUGGACUCAAAAUGAAAGAGCUUGUUUCGGAUCAUAUUUGGCACAAAAUUAAAGAAACCAGAUCUGUCCAUUAAAGCUUUACUAAUCUACCUCUGAAAUGGUUCAGGCUGACUUCUCUAAUUGUUUAUUACAAAACUGAGAUGUGCCUAGGAGCUGGGGAGGAGGGGCACCUUAAUCUUGGUCAAUCUUGGGUGCCACAACUAUAUUUUACUCUGGGGUAGUUGGUAUUGGAACGAGAUACAGAAGUUCUUCCUUAAGGGUGUGUGCUACUGAGCUUGCUCUGAGAACCUAAUCUUUGUAUCUUAAAAUCUUACAGCUACUGCAAGAUUAUGAAGCAUCUUCACUGUAGCGUAAUGAGGGCUAUUUCUGUCACUUGGAGAGUAAGAGAUUGUCAUCUUAAAUCCAGAUCAAACUCUGAGGCAUUUGCGAAUAUGUUUGAAAAGUUCAGCAGCUGGAUUCUGCUUACCCAUUGGUUUGACAUGCUGGUGUAGCAUUCCUGAUUUCUGAGAGACUAUGCCUUCAAAGCGUGAGAACGUGUGCCAUUGUAAUUUUAUUUAUUUAUUUGGGAGUUUUUUUAUCCUGCCAUGUGGUCACAGGGUGGAUCGCAAUAUAUAUAUAAAAAAACAAUACAAUGAGAUACAACUCAAGAGCAUCUGUUAAUAAAAGCACAGUUUAGGAAUUCAGCACUGCAAAUUCAGUAUGCCUAUCCCGUAAACAAGAACAGAAGACUGAAUUUGCAUCUAGUGGAAAUAAAUAAAAAAAAAUUAAAAAUUGUCCAGUAGCACCUUAGAGACAAACUAAGUUUGUUUUGGGUAUAAAUUUUGCACGCACACGAAAGCUUAUAGCCAGAACAAACUUAGUUGGCCUCUAAGGUGCUACUGGACAAUUUUUUAAUUUUAUUUUUUUAUUUUGACUGCAUCAGACCAACACGGCUACCUACCUGAAUCUUGCAUCUAGUGGUUAUAGAACAGACGUGACAUAUUCUGCUGAGUUUACUAUCUUGAUAGACAGUUAUAUGGAAGACGGGAUGUAAGCAACUUUUAAUUCUAAACAAAGGAGCAUUUUGUUUAAUUCCCUUAGUGUGAGAGCAUCAAGUUCUCCUUUUUCUUAUUAACUUUUAUUUGCACGAAUUUUCCUGGAAGUUCCUUCAGUAGGAGUCUUAUGUUCAUACUGAUUGCAAUCUCAUUUGGAGGGAGGAAUGCAAGGAUUACGUUUCGGGCAAGUUCUCCUCUCAGUUUCCUCAGGAAUCCUGUAUGUUGUAACAUUUUUAGUGUUGUAUCAACAGGAUCCUGACUUCAAAGCAGUUUACUUGUUGAAUAAGCAGGGUAUGAGUUUUUCUUUUCCCUCCCAACUCUUUACUGGAAAUUUGGCUUCCGGGUCCAACCACUGUUUCACAAUAAGGGUUGUUACGAACUCCCUCUGCCAAAGAGAUCCAAAUUUGCAUGCCAGGAACGCUUACGUUCUACUCUCAAGAUAAGUUAUUUGCAUGACCUUCGAGGGAUAAAAUUUAUUGUCAUUUAAGAGCUUGUUUUAGAACCAGUUUUUUAUUGUUAUUAUUUCUUUGUACUACUGUAGUUUCUUCCUCCCAAACUCCUUACCGUUGGUAACAUUGCAAGGUAAUCUGGUUAUAAUUUUGCCAUCAUCCUAAGAGGUCCAGUUUAGGGUCAGCCUAGCAUUAGGCAGAAGGAGGUGACUGCCUCAGGGGGCAGGUUCUUGGUGUAUCCACAUGGUCUAUCCUUGGUCACCAUAAUUAGCACGCUGCCUUAGGUGUGCUGGAGGAUGCUAUCCCAUUUUGGAGGUUGCAUUAAGUUUCAGCUGGCAGCACUAGUGGUGCACGUGCUGGGGGCAGAGCCACCAUCCCAACACCACCGUCGCCACUACGUACCUGAGCUGGGUGUAGCUGGAGUUGCAUAGUUACACUGGCAGGAGUGUGAGAUUGGAUCUGUUGGGGCAUGCACACAGCCCCAGCCUCGCCACCACCCAGCCCCAUCCAUGUAUGCAGCAGCAAAGCUAGUGUUGGAAAAACAGUUCCCACCACAUAGGCUGGUGCUGGUUGCUAGUCCGGUUGCCUUCUGUAAGUGGACUGGGGCUGUAGUGGUACGCUGUCCUUUUCCACAGGCAGCAAAUAGUCUUGGGCUUGCCCUGCUUCAACUGGAUACACUUUCCCCCUGCAUUCAAGAUAUCCCAUUGCAGUAUUGCAGAAGGCGACCAUUGAAGAUCUCUAUUCUAGUCAAAGUGGUGGAAGUGCUAAUCCCAUUAGUCUCCUGUGCUUCUGCCCUCUUAAGCCUCUGUGUGUGCAAAUUUGUCUAGUGCUCUGUAAUGGUGCAGUUACUACUGAAUAUUACUAGGAAUGGUUCCUCAUGGACCACAUUGGGUUAGCACAGAAAUAAAACCAGCCGCUUCCCUCAGAAUUUGUAAAUUGCUGAGCCUAUUUACGAGCCAGUCCAAAGGCCCGUUGAAAUCAAUGGGGAUAUUUGAAAGAGGCUGCAGCUUUGAAUGUAGCUGGGGGGAUGGGAUAGCUGGGCGACCUUAACUCCAUCCUAGAGCACAUGCAUUGCAUACAGAGGGUCCCAGUUUCAGCCACUUAAAACCCAGUUAAAAGGGUCAGAUAUUAAGUGAUGGAUCAGAAUCCUGCUUGAGAUCCCAGGAGUACAAACACUGGGUUUGAUGGGCAAGAAGCAGCUUCCUAUGUUUGUAGACUCCUUGAGGCAAGAAGUUACUCAGCGGUAACCACUAUUUGCUCCGCACCGGCUAUUUUGGGACUGAAUGGGGAGGUAAACUGAGAACUCUUCUCUAAUUUGGCUUCCAGUCUGAGCUGGAGAAGAACUGAGGGCCUUCUAAUUCUUUCCUUUGUGAUGAGCAUUGUUAAGCACUCAGAUCUUGUUUCUGAACCUCUGCCUUGUGAAUUUUGCUGGUCUCUCUUUUUGAAAAAGCAACAACCACUUUUAUGUGGUUGAUGGAAAGUAUUUAAUUGAUUUUACUGGUUUUUUAAAAAAUUGGCUGGUUUUUAUGUUUGCCUGAGGCAGAAUUUGUGGUAACCUAUGUUGGAUUUGCACUUGGUCUCCUAUCCACAUCCUGGUCUGUCCCAGGCUAAAUGUGUUUUGGAGCAUUUUGAAAAGCUUACAAAAGAAGUUGGUAUCAUAACAGCUGGUAUGUUGAAGUGUGUGUGUUUAGCAGCAGGUUUGAAAAUUGGUUGAACAGGCUUAAUGUAGCAGGUUCUAUUCUUCGACAGAUGAAUGUGUAAUACAUAAGAGAUUAAAGUAAAAUGUGUAUGGGGAACGAAAGCAUUAAUUAUGAACAGUUACGGAAAAUGUGUCACUCUUGAGAUUUCAAGCAAUCAGCUAUGUUAUGACAUUUCCCACAGUUCACUCAGUGCAGAAGUGACACAUCAAGCAUAGUUUGGAACAAGUUGUCUCUCGUUUUGUUUCUCGAUAAAAGCUUGCCAGCCAGUAUUCAGAUACCUUCCUAUCAGUUGCUGAAUCUUAUUGUUUAAGCAAUAUUCUUGGUUUCUCCUGUGGAUUUGCUUUCUAUCACAUCCUUCCUGCUGGCUAGGAGAUUCCACCCAUUCCAAAAUAAGCUCACCUGUCCCAUUUUACAUGCAUACCUUUGUAGCUUUCUAUGGAAAUGCCUGCAGGGCAUCAUGUUCUACGCUUAGGAAACUCUUCAGUUGGAAUCUCUCUGAUUUCAUAAAACUUCUUAAUUAAAAAAGAAAGAAAGCAAACUCUUCUCAGCACUGUGGGUUGUGGGAAAUAGAUUGAGCUGUUCAACACGGCCUGCCAAGUUUGGAAAUGUAGGUCUUCUCUUCCAGCCUAUGAAAUGCAAAUGUGACCAAAGCCUUGUUAACAAUUUUUAAGGACAAAGUAAGCAUAACCUGUUUUAAGUUUGCAAGGUAUCUGGAAAGCUUGCCUACAGUUCUGAACUGAAGGGGUAGUUGUCAAGCCCCACACUGGACAAAAGGUUCUUGCAUUGCAGGGGUCCCUUCUGAUUCCAAGUUUCUAUGAAUAUCUGGAAAGUGGCAGAUUAGAGAAGGCUCAGUUGACGCUGUUCCAUUUGAUUGGCUGGUUUUGGUUGUAUGUUCCUUGGAGGAAGGAUGACUUUGCUGGAAUUAGUGGGAGUCAGCUCUGCAUAGCUUCUGCUUCUCAACUGUUUCUUUAUUUGUGAGAUUUACAUGACCUGUGCCUCGUCACAUGUGAUCUUAGGGUGGGUCACAACAAACAGCAGAAGCAGGUAAAACAAAAAUGCUGUUUAAAAUGAAAAUCCACAAAAUAAUGCAACAACUCAGUCUUGAACACACAGUUACCCAAAGGCUUGCUGGAAAAGAAAUGCCUUCCACAAGUAAAUAUAAGUUGGGCUUCUUCUUCUUCCUGUGUUUAAAAGAUUAAGAGAAAAAUUCUGUUGCAUCACACACUGCUUUCUUUUUGGUUUGUAGCUGCACUUCUCCCCCUCUCCCUUCGUUGCAAUUUUUUAAGGGUUCAUCCUAUACUUAGAAGGUUGUCCCUGAAAGACAAACAAGCUUCAUAUUUUCACAGUAUAUUGCGUUACAACACAUUCAUCAGGAGCAGUUCAUGUGAUGCUCUUUUGAUCACUUCUGUAGGUCAGAGUGGCAUCUGCCUCUUCUAAAAAAAUACCCUUCCAAACUCUCACUUCCAGUUCUCAAACCAUAUCUUCCAGAGUUAGAAUAAAGAAUUGCUCCUGCAUCCUAACACAUGCUUUUCUGUGUUGAAGUAAAUCCAAGCAUUCCCCCACCCACACUUAUGUGUGAUUGCCUCGUGCACAAGCAGCGUCGGGAAAUAAAUAAAUGAUUGAAUUCAAACCCGGAAAUGGUGGGAGAGGGCUAGAGAGACCUCGUGACUUGCAAGAAGACCCUCCCCAGAGCCCAGAGAGACCAGAGGCGCAGCAGGGCUUUGUUUAUGCUGCUCAGCUUCCACGCCUGACAGCUGAUGUGCGGGGUAGCUCAGCAGCAGUAGCUGCUUUCCCUUGCAUCCUCCAGCCUCCUGUCAGCCCCAGAACUUCAGUUCUAGUUGUGGAUAUUUGGGGAUACAGUAUUUUCUGUGUGGAUUGAAGAGAUAGAGUGGCCAAAACGGUGAUUAGAGGGUGCCCCCCACUUUACGUGAUUUCACUUAUGUGGGGAGAGGGCGGAAUCUUGUACAAACUAUAGGUGCCAGACAGACCUGCAGAUAUCUCAGUUGAGUUAGAACAGUGGUUCUAGUAUAUGUGCUGCCGAAGCGAGCACAGAACAGUGGUUCUCAAAAGGUGAGGCAGAAGGGGAUGGCAAGUGUAGUGGGAAGAUUCAAGGACAAUCAAAGAAACAUUUAAAUAGUGUUGUGUAGUGUAGUUUUGUGUAGCUAGACAGACAAGCAGACAGACAGAUACAACAGCGUAUGGAUAGAUAUUUUUUCCAAAUUAGAGCAAGAAUAUUGGCUAUUCUGCAAUUCUGUCCAACAUAUUGUGGGUGAACAGGAGUUUUCAACUUUUAUAGUUCAGAAAUAUGAAAGUUCAGAAACGAGAGAGGCUUCUUUGUGUUGAUGAGGAUAUGAGAGUUUGUUUCAAAUUAAACCUAAGAUAAAUGAGAUCACCUCUCAAACAAGGUCACACCUCUCAUUGAGUUUGUCUGCAUACGUAAAGUACACAUGUAAGAGGCUCAUUUAUAAUUAUAUUUUGGGAAUGAGUUAUGUUCUUAUGCAGUUGCAUUGUUUUGUAUUUUCUGGGUGUUCAUAUUAUGGAGUGGUUGUGUUCUAUAUUAUAAAUCAAGCAUUGCGAGGAGUUGUUUCUUUUUGUUUUCCAAUGCAUUUUUUAUCAAUGAAAAAUUGGUGUGGUGCGAGCAAAUUUUUAUUCUGAAAGUGUGGCCCAGAGAAAAAAGUUUAAGAACAACUAAGUUAGAAGGAGGAGUUAGAAGGUUCCUUCCUUGAGAGUUUAGAGGAAGAAGGAAUGAACUAUUAAGGAAGAGAAACCAAGGCAUUACCAAUCCAGUAGAACAAUGACUUCUUUGUUUUCUGCAGUCAGGCUACCAGGUCGUUGUUUCAAGUUUGCAAUAGGGGAACUGAGGCCAAGAGAUCUCCUUUUAGCCUCCCUUUUUUCCUUCUGGGUUGCAAGGAUUUCCUGGAUAUUUGGUGGCAGGGAAUACCAUAAGGCUAUGCAUCUCCUGGAGCCCUGGCUAUUUUGUACUCUGCCUAAAAACAUAGGUGGAGAAGGAAAAUGGGUGGAAAGGGGAGGAGAAUGAGCAAAGCUCACUGAAUCUGUACUGACGUCGAUUGAAAACAACAACAGCAACAAAAAUCCAUUGGCAGCUGACGUUAACAAUAAUAGUCUAUGAAUCAUGUUUAUACAUUAAUAUAAGCAGUUUAAAUAGGUAUCUAAAUGAAAUGGACGAUGAUAAGCUAUGUGUGCAGACUUAAUAACCCCAUGGUGUCAAUAUGCUGCCAUUUAUAUUUUGCUAUUAUAGUCAUGUUUUCAAACACUUUGUUCUUGAUCCUUUUGGCUCCCGAAAGCCGCAAACCCAGAAGUGACUGUUUCGGUUUGCAAACUAUUUCUGGAAGCCGAACGUCCAACGGGGCUUCUGCAGCUUCUGAUUGGCUGCAGGAGCUUCCUGCAGCCAGUCAGAAGCAGUGCUUUGGUUUCUGAAUGCUUUGGAAGUCAAACAGACUUCUGGAAUGGAUUCCGUUCGACUUCCAAGGUACAACUGUAUUUGCAUGAAAUGUAUUAUCAUUGCCUGGAUUGUGGAAUUGUGUUUUGGAGCUGGGGUGGGCUGAGUCAUAGUUGCGAUGUGCACAGGAUUGUCCUUUAGGUGAGGUGACACCACUCUAAAUCUUUGUGUUCACAAAAAAUCUUUGUGUUCACACAAAACUGAGCACCUGAACACUCUGAUGAGUCAAGUUCACUCUGAUUUUCACGUUUCAUAUUGUGCUUUUCUCUCUUUCUCCUUUUAGGUAUCCUCAUGGGAGCAUUUAUAAAAAUUAUAGAAGCUCAAAAGCUAGCCAACUGGAAGGUACUCCGACAACAUUUUAAACUUUUUGGGUUUUUUUACCAUAUCUUUUAUGCUGCGCUUAAUUUGAGCAAGCCAAAGAAGUGCCACUUAGGGUUCCUUGCUUUGUAUCCCUGAAGCAGGACGAAUCUUGCACUGGUCAUCCCAGCCCAACAAAAGAAGCAGUAGCAGCAGCAGCUGCCUGGGGCAUCACCAUUUAAGAAGCACUGGGCUAGUCCAGGGGACUCGGAAAGGGGAAUACAGUUGCCUGCACCUACCCUCACCCCUGCCACACAGAUGUUAGCACUCUGAGAGAUGUGUGCCCCAUUCCUAAUAAUUUUCUAGUUGCAGCUCAUUUUCCUUCCCGCAGUUCAACAGUCUCCUCUCUCUCCCUCCCUCCCUCCCUCCCUCCUGCCCAGAUGCAGGAGAGGAUAGGAGGCAGGCAGCACAAGUUGUCACUUACGGUUCCGACAUAGCUUAACUGGGCACUCUUCAUCUCUAGCCAACCUGGAAAUGCUGCUAAAAACGAGCCGAAUCAGUGAAUGAAAAAUAAAAUCCAGUAGCUAAAAACUGUCCAGCAUGUUCCUUUAAGGCAUAUGCACUUAGGUUCAACCCUACCUGUUUUGGGCACACCAGCCACACCAGCGGGGACUGGCUGAUGCAUCUGAACCAAGCAGGAUUGAACUCUCUGUGCAACAGCCACGGCUUCGCAUGACAUCAUGUAUGGUGCCACAUAAGUCAUAAGUUUUGGGGCAACUGGGCAUGGUUUGGGGAAAACUGCCUUGGUGGGCCAAGUUUUGUCCAUGGGCUGAACGUUCCCCAUCCCUGCUUUAAGUACUGCCUGCUCCCAACCAGCCCUAUGCUCUUUUAUACCUUUAACUACUACUUUUUGUAUCUCGGGAGCAUCUGUUGGGCUUCCGUUUCCCCACUACAGGCUGCUGCAGUUACACAGUGCUUUGACCCAGUCCGCUUUUGUCUAGUUUCAGAAACAGCUAGGGAAGGAAGUUUGCAUACAAACAGAUCAGUGCUAAUCUAAGUGUUGUCCGCUUUGCCUAACUGCAGCUCUCCAGAAUCUCCCAAGAAAUAUUUUGUGGUCCUGUUACCUUGAAAGACCUUUAAACUGGAGGUGCUGGGGAUCGUACUUGGAGCGGCAGAUGUCAUUACUUUAUGGAAUUGCCUUGCCGCAGGAUGUGGGGAUGGCCACCAGUUUUUAUGGUUUUGGGAAGGGAUUAAGAGGUGUUUAAAGGCAAUUACUGUCUCCACCUCAUGAAUUACCUGGGGGUGGGCAUUGCAAAAGGUGGGUGCUAUAAUAGAGCUUUUGACAUUAGGGUGGGGAUGGACACCCUGGUCCUUAAUCCCAGCUAUAUUAAAGUAUUGGGUUUCUCUGUUUAUUUUUAUGGGCAACUUUCACUUCCGCCCUGGUGCAAAAUAGCUCUUCACUGUGAAACAGGAAAUAAUCUGUCUAGACAAUGAGAUAAUUCUCUCUACACUUUUUAUAUCACUAUAUCUCUUUAUCUACCCCCUUUUCCAUCCAUUUGAUUCAAUUCCCCAUCCCACCUGUAAUGGUUAUAUAACAAUACCUAGUUGCUUAGAUUUCUUUUUUAAGAAUCAUAAUAAAAAAUGUGGUCUACUUCAAAUCACGAAAUGUGUUCAGCUCUUUUUUAAAAAAGGGUUAUCAGCACUUUACAAGCCUGAUAUUCAAUUGGAAUGACGGACUUUAAAAGUCAGCACUUAAAAAAUCUGCAGCCCUAUGUAAUUUCCAGUACAAAUCUUGUACUUGUAAAUAUAAAAUGCAGGAGAAAGCCAUGAGAAAUUGACAAAAUGGUUUUGCUGAUGUCAGCUUGCAGCAUUUAAAAAACAGAAAGUGUGGCAAAUGACUGUUUAAAACCAAUUUGUCUGAGUUAAGCUUUUUCCCCAACACCCACAAUAUGUGAGCUUUUAAGCUCCAUCAAUUAUAUUAAUAUCAGAGAUUUGCAAUAUUUGGAGGAAAAAGCAGCUGUUAGUCCUUCCUGUGUAGCUUUGUGGAUCACUGAAUAACUUAGUAUUUGAGGAUUUGACCUGGAGCCACAAUUCUGAGUUUCAAAACAUCUUACUACACCCUCCCUGAUUCCCCACUCUGCCCUAGAGCCACUAUCUUGUCCUUCAUUUUAGCUAUGGAGUAUCUACCUGACUCUUGUUCUUGACUUCCUUUUUGACCCCUCUCUAUUGACUAGUUCCUUUGCUAUUGCCUUUCUCCCUGGUGGGAUCUCCACCUGUGCCUAGGUUACCUGUUUGGGCUAGUGAGCCAACGCUGAAAACACUUGAGGUUUCAGUGCUGGACUGAAUUGUGUGUUUUAUGUAGCUGUUUCCCUUAGUGGGUUUGGGCAGAAAAAGGGGAAGCAGCCUGGGAAGUAUCUAUUGCUACUAACUGACCUCUAUGGCCCCUGAAGAAUGAGUGUGAAUCUGUUGCUUGGGUCAUGCAGCCUCAGAGAGUUGUUUAGGGUGCCUCUGCUAUUUUGUGUGGCGGGUGGUGGUUCAGGCACAUAAAGCUGGAACAAUUAAAGUGGGUUAAAGUACUCUGUCACUCUAGCACUACAAAUCCACUUGAGAAAAGAAAUAGACUUUUUGCAGUUAGGAAAGUGAUGGAGAAAUUUUGAACAGGGUGGGAUGAAUGGAUGAUGAAAGGGAAGACAUAUGAACACCCUGCAAGCAAAUCAGGAUGAACGUUCAUUGUUACAUAAUAUCCCCACAAACAGAUGCUCAGUAAAGAUCAGAUAUAAUCUAACGGGUCAGAAUGUACACUCUUUCUUUAGUGUUUGUCAGAGAAAGGGAAAUCUCUUAGCUCUGGACCAAGAAGUGACCAUGCUGCUUUAUAGUCCAUUAUAGUUCACCAAUAAAAUGCCAUUAAGAGUAUUCCCAGCUGAUGGUAGGUGUCAUGACUGGGCUUUAGGAAAGGGGUGGUACCUGUGGAUUGUAAAACGUGGCAUUUAAGACUUCUUGGUCAAAGCAAGCCUUUUGAAACAUGCUUACUAUCUAUAAGGAACCAGUGCAGAUGCUGAGCUACAAGAACAAUGUAUUUCCUGUAUCUCAUCUCUGCCUGGAAUUUCUGCACCUGUUGUGGCCUCCACACUGUGGAAGGAGGACUUUCCAUAGUAUGGAAGCCACCUUUGUCAAUGUAGAUAGCGUGCAUCUGUGACAAUCAGUGAUAGAACCCAUCACAGUUCCACAUCCAUAUUAAAGUUCCACUUAUUACUGAUUGCAUUUCUGAUUCUGAAAGCCAAAGAUAAGAAUGCUUCAGUAUUUCCUAUAGUGAAAUGUAGUUUUUUGCGGCACAGUAGGCUCGCUUUCCCUCGCUAUUUAUUUGGAUGUAGCAAUUCAAAUUGUGCUUCCUUUUUUCAGCAGUUGAAUGAAAGGCAAUUUAAAGGUAAUCCUGAGGAUGUUUGCUGUCCUAAAGCCCCCUUUACGGUGGGUUUUGAGGUAGAUUAAUAUAAAAUUCCUUUCCUAGUGUAUUUGUUUCUUAAAAUAUUCCCAUUUUGGUAGACGCUUCAAAAAAGCUGGAGUUGGGUUUGUUUGUUCCAGAUGUGCUAUCCUUUUAAUUACAAUUUUUGAAAUUUCCUUCUCAUAUAUCUUUUUGUCUACUGUAUUUUACAGGAAGAAGAAAUGUUUCGCCCAAAUAUGUUUUUUCUUCUUUUACUUCCACCAAUUAUAUUUGAAUCUGGGUAUUCAUUACACAAGGUGAGAAAUCGUAGAUCCUUUGUAGCUAUGUUUGUGUUUUGGGCAGUGCUGUGAUUACAGCUACAUUGGAGUUGACAGGAGAUAUUCACUAAAAUUUCAUCAUUUUAUGUCAAGUGUAUCUGAGGGUUGGCAUCACUUAGCUACUAAAGUGCUGGAAACUCUUGGGAAAGGCAGAAUGUUAAUUUCUCAUCAUGGUACCUCAAUGAUGUGAUGGGCCAUUCAUACAUGUUUGAACCAGCCCUUAAGAGAAGAACUUGGGUGAGCCUAAUAUUGAGGCUUGUAUCUUUCAUUAUCAUGCCUUCAUUACUUAUGCCUUGAUAAAAAAAAGUCAAAACCAAAGAGCGUUCUAGUUCAGUCCUUUGUUGCAAGGCCUGACUAUCUCCAUGCCCAAUACCAGCAUUGCAGUCCACAAGAUUCCACUAGAUCCACUAAAGAAAGAUUCCAACAGGGCAGAAUUCCAGAGUGCUUCCUGAAGUAGGGGAAAGAGAGUACCUUAGUCUUGGUUCAUCUGGCUCAAAUGCAUUUAAUAAUCAUAUCAGUACUGAUCUGAGGAAGGGAAGCGCCAAGAUUGUACCUCCUUGCAUCAGCUACACAGGCAGUUAGUUGGGCGAGGUGGGUGGCAACAAUCUGUUCCGCCAGCCAGUGAUCUAUUUUAUCUUGGAGAAAGCCUUGUUUCUGCACACUGAUUGCUCUCAUCAGGGUGGGGCAUGUAAGUGCCCCAGCAGCUUUAAAACCAAACAGUUGUGAAAGCACUUGCUUCUUUGUUUGCUCUAAUAGAAUGAAAAAAUGUCUGCACUUUGCAAUUAGCUUCUAAGAACAUGAGAUGCUAGGCCUUCCUAGAAGUCAGCGCCCCAGGUUCUGAAAGCCCUGUCUGCUAACCCUAGCCAUGCAUGGCUGAGCUCUGUUUACUUACUCAUGGGCAAACACAUUCUGUGCUUCUCCAGUACAUUAUUCUUUAUGAUUACUUCAUGCGUUCAGAGGCUGAGCUUCCAGGUUCCGGAUCUGAACCCAGAUGAUUCCUCACCCAGAUUUAAGUCCUCUCUAAACUCACUAUUGUUUGUUCCUCCCCUCCACCUGUUUUUAGGGCAACUUCUUUCAGAACAUCGGCUCCAUCACACUGUUUUCUGUGAUUGGGACAGCAAUUUCGGCUUUCAUUGUCGGUGGAGGAAUUUACUUCUUGGGUCAGGUGAGGUUGCCUGAGUGCAUGCUGUUUGUUGUGGUGUGAAAUAUUGGGCCUCUGCUAAGGACUGGGUCCUUUGACCCACAUACAGGAUUGUGGAAAGAAAUGCCUGAAGACACGAGACUUUGUGGCGCUGGAAAGAUUGGCAUCUCAGACACACAACUAGCAAGCAGACUUGGGUCAGCAACAUUCGGGGUGCAGGGUUGGGCUGUUACUCUGGCUGAUUCGUCAAGCAGAACAGUGUAAUGUCAGACGCAACCUUCAGAAAUCCACAUUCCCUCUUGGACUGAAUGUUGCAUCGUACCAGGAUCAAAGAGUCUUUGGUGAUGUUGAUCUAGGAAUAGGGCCAAGCUGAAUGACAUGAGGGAUUCAGAAAUGAGAGAACUACCUUCCCACCGGGGCAAAAAGCAAGGGAGAAAUAUCCAGAAGUGCUGAGGAAAUUCUUUUUUUAAAAAAAAUUCUUUUUUUAAAGAUAAAUUUCAUAGGUGUGUGUAUACAGAAAUUUUAGAGUAACUUGAUGGCAUAUUAGAAUAUUCCCUUCCUUUUCCUCUCAAACCCCACCCCCCACCUGGGCAUUCAUAGAAUUAUAGGAUUAUAGAAUUGGAAGGGACCAUGAGAGUCAUCUAGUCCAACCCCCUGUAAUGCAGGAAUCUUUUGCCCAAUGUGGGACUCGAACCCACAACCCUGAGAUGAAGAGUUUCAUGCUCUACUGACUGAUCAGAAGCACCCUCAACAAGUUAUCAUCUCCAUCUUACACAUUACAGGUACAGUGGUACCUCGGGUUACGAACAGUCUUGCUUACGAACGCUUCGGGUUAUGAACUCAACAAACCUGGGAGUAGGUGUCCCGGGUUGCGAACUUUGCCCCGGGAUACGAAUGCAAUCCACUUCCAGGGCCGCAGGAGGCCUAUGUAGGGAAUGCGUGCCUCAGGUUAAGAACGCUUUGGGUUAAGAAUGGACUUCUGGAACGAAUUAAGUUUGUAACCCGAGGUACCACUGUAUUCAGCUUUUCAUGCUGACCAUGUUGGUAUUUUACAUGAGGAAGAAACAGCUGGUGAUAACUGAUGAUAGUUAUACUCAGAGUAGGCCCACUGAAAUCAGUGGACCUAAGUCCAUUGAUUUCACUGAGUCUGAGUAUGACUACUGUUGUAUACCACCCAGUUGUUGCUCCUCUGCCUUAUGCUACUUUAAGCAGCUACUGUAUUCUGAACUGCAGAGACUUUUAAUAAAUCCCAGUGCAAGGGGAAAGAAAGCAAAUUUUUCACACCAGGGAACUCCUGGUAAUUAAUUAUACCGCAGCAGGGACUGAAUUCUUACCUAGCAUCAUGGUUAAGUCAACCCUGCCCUAGACUACGGUAUCCCAGAGGGCCAUUGUUCACAGAGGAGAAAGAGAGAGACUUUGCAAUGUGUCCAGCAGUCUUUGCAAGGGAGCCAUUGUAAGUCAACUUUUCAUAUCACUUUCAUGUUGUGUUUGCCAAAAAAUAAUAAUCAUAAUAUCGUUUCUGCCAUUUCGGCACCCAGGGCAAUGUAUAAAAUACUGUUACAACCGUAAAGAUAAAAAUAUAUUUUACACCUUGAAUAAAACCAAUCAUUGCAAUGAAAUGACUAUAAAUUUACAAUUGUAAGCCAAAGCUAACAAAAUAAAUUUCAGUUGGGACUGGUGCAAGGUUAUGCACUUAUGCAGGAAGAACCAGCUGUACAAAAUUCAGCGCCCUCUGCCUCUCCUCUCAUGCUCCAAUCUAACUCAUAGUUGCGGUGCCCCUGAGGCUUUGCACCCAGUGUGACUGAACGGGUUUUGCACUCCCCUAAAUCUGCCUCUGCAUGAUCUGGCUUAUUCUUUUUUCUGAUCAUGGUUUGUUUCAUCAGAAACAGACCACAAGGGAAGCCACUUAGCACUCGUAGUUUGAGUGAAACAAGGUUCAGGUAACACAAGCCAGACCACGACUUCUUUCCCAGUAGGAGUGGAGAAGGAGCGUAGUGCUUGUGAUUUCAGUGGCAUAGCUUAUUUUAACCACGAUUUAAUAUUGCAGGAGAACCAGGCCAUUGUCUCAGCUUUUUCAAGUGGUCAUACAUCUUCCUUGCUUUUGCCCUUCAGAUCUGUUUCUUGUAUAAGAGCUUGCUUAUAUUAUGAACAUUGCAAAGUAUGAGCAAGUAAUUUGCUUGUUCUGCUUACGACUCAUGCUUCUGCAAGCUAAUGUGCUCUUUACUGUUGCCUUGCAGAUAUAUUUUAAUUAAUUCGGAUCUUCCCCCGUCCCUCAUUAAAAGUGUUGUGUAACCUAAGUGGAUAGCUUAGUCUCCUCAUUUGAGCCCCUUCACCAAUCACAGCAUUGUCGCAUUCAUUGUCCCAUACCAAGUUUAAGUCUUGCAUUUACCCAGACAUGUUUCCCAAUGGGGCAAAUAGCAGUUUCAGGAGAGAGGAUUUAUUUUAGGAAAACUGUAGACAAAACGCUUCAGCCCCUUCCCUCAGUGCUAUUACCCUAAUCUCCCUCCUGCCCUCAGUAGCUGCUACUCCUCUUCCCUUUUAAGGAAAUACCAGGAUAUCUAUUAAUAGAUUUCUUAUGUCUUGUCCAGUUUGAUUCCAAAUGUGCCAAGAAAACCACCAGCGCCCAUUUCCGCACCCUGUAAUUUAUCAUUCGUUGUAGUCAGCGGGGGGUCAGUCCUUCUGUGGUCUUCUGAUUCACCUCAGUAAAGCAUCUCUUGACCGUCUCAUUCUCCAUAGGCUUCUAUGAUCCAUUUAUUUCUGUUAGCGUCCCACUCUGGUGCAUUUUAUGUUAGCUGUGAUUCCUGCAAUGCAGGGGCUUGGACUAAAUGACCCUUGGGAUCCCUUCCAACUCUACAGUUCUAUGAUUCUGUGUCAUACUACAUUUUAUUCUAUUUUCUGUUAAGCAUGAUGGCAGUAUAUAGCCUUCUGUGGCCCUCUUAUUUUGUGCAAUGUGCUCUAGGGAAGGGAUGGGAAACCUCAGGCCCAGGGGCCAAAUGCAUCCUUCCAGGCUUCUGUAUCCAGCUCUUUGGACUCUACUCAUGCCAGGCCCCCUUGGCCCUGCUCUGUGUCCACCUCAAUAAUGUGUACUUGAAUGUUGCAUAAUUCUCCUGUUUGCCUAGAUGGAGGGUUUGUCUGCCUGUCUUCUCCUCCCCCCCCGGCACUUUCAUGGUUAACUUCUGUCACACCCUUGGCUCCACCCACUUCUUGCCUCUGGAUCCUCCCACCAUAGGCAUGCAGCCCUCAGAAGCUUAAAGGUGAAGGUAAAGGGACCCCUGACCAUUAGGUCCAGUUGUGGCUGACUCUGGGGUUGCAGUGCUCAUCUCGCUUUAUUGGCUGAGGGAGCCGGCGUACAGCUUCCGGGUCAUGUGGCCAGCAUGACUAUAGUUCUGGCGAACCAUAGCAGCACACGGAAAUGCCGUUUACCUUCCUGCCGGAGCGGUACCUAUUUAUCUACUUGCACUUUGACGUGCUUUCGAACUGCUAGGUUGGCAGGAGCAGGGGCCGAGCAAUGGGAGCUCACCCCAUCACGAGGAUUCAAACUGCUGACCUUCUGAUCGGCAAGUCCUAGGCUCUGUGGUUUAACCCACAGCACCAUCUGCAUCCCUCUUCAGAAGGUUAGCCAAGAGGAAAUAUAGCUCUUAAGUUGGAAAUGUUCCACCAACCCUUCUCUAGGUGCCAAAAUAACACUUUGCCAGAAGCGAACCAGCUGUAAAUCACACAGCGUAGGUGAAGUUAACUCUUUAUUAGAAAAAUAGGAUCGACACAGCAGUGCCAGGUCUAAUGAGCACAGCAAGUCCCUUCAGUAGGCCUUGCUCUUCUGAAGCAGUUGCAGAGACUAAAGGUCCCCAUCUUCCCACAGCUGCCUAAGUCUCCUCCUCUCCAGGGUUGUCCCCAGGCAAUCUGAGACUGUGCCGGCAUGCCUAUCUUUGCUCUUCUCACUUCAUGCCUCUACUGGUCCUGGGGGAUCAAUGGGAAGCAGAGCUGAUCACAGCAAGAGGAAGAGACCCCCACGCUUCCUCACUAGCCUGACUCAUCUCUACAUCUUGGCCUCCCUCCUCUCCUGCUUCAGCUUAUGAUUCUGGAUUUCUCUCUGCCACACACUCUUCCUGUUCACUAAGCCCUGUUACCUCUUCAUCUUCCGACACCUCCUCCCCCCAGGCUUCUCCCUCUUCUCCCUCUGACCACUUGUCUUCAUCCCACCACCACACCCCAGGCUCUGAGUCUUCUUCCCUUGGGGAUUCCCUAGCUGGUUCCCCCCACAAUUCCUCUGAAUCCAACCAGCCCAUGACACAUUCAUUAGCAUUUAACUUGUAUGCAUUGGAAAAAAUUAAAAAUUAAACAGAGGGCGGAAAGGAGGCAGGUGUCCAGGAAAAGGGACUUUGUCAAUCCCACCUGCUAUUAAACCCAGUGUGUUUUGACGAUUUUAGCUAUAGACGCAUGUUGUGGGAUUACUGUACUGUCUAAUACUAUACCUGAUCCUGUUUUGGUUCAUUUUUUAAACAAAAUUGUUGUAGCAAGCUGUGCUGCUUCCUUAUGCUUCUCUGAACAGUAAAUUAAGAUUCUGAUAACCUGUAAUGCCAAAUAGUUAUCUGGUCUUCAGUGUUCUCAGUCUUUUACAGAGUCUGCUUUUCACACUAUGGCAGUAUAUAAAUUAAUUAGGAUGUAUGAGCUGCAACUGUAAGUGUUCUCAUUUGUCAGAAUUUUCUAGGACGCAUGCUUCUUUCAUGGCACAAAAAUACAAGUUUUUUAAAAGCACAAAAGUUAAUUUUUUAAAAGUCUUUUUUCUGUUUUCGUUGCUUUCCCCCCUCUAGGCUGACGUUAUUUAUAAGCUCAACAUGACUGACAGGUAAGUUUUUGGCAGAAUCUGUGUCAUUAUCUAUUAUUAGUGCAAGAGAUUCUCCAAAAUGAUACCUCUUGAUGAAAUUGGUACUUAUUUGAAGAGUGGUUGGCAGAUCCUCGAAAGGUGGGAACCCAACUGCCUGCAACCACAGCUCAUUCCAUGCUGAUUCAGUUCUCAGCUAUGGCUAAUGUGGAAAUUUGUGCCAGGGAGGGCAGGAGAUGCAGGAGAAGGAGGACACAAUUCUGUACCGAGCCCUUCCAGUCUAUUAAUUGUGGAUAAGAAGUCACCUUAGUCUCAUCUGCACCACUUUGUUCUGUAUUAAUUAUAACGUUUCAGUUGGCUUGUUAUUAAGCAUCACUUAAUAGUGAUGCUUUGUGUCUAAAGAGAAAUAGCAUGGGUAACCAUUGCAAAUACUGCUCCCUUAGGGAAAGGGGGAUCUACCCUCAACCAGCCCCCACUUGCAUGCCUUCAUACCUACAACCAAUCCAAGGAGCAGGACUGCCUAUCAACUUCUUCCUUCUUAAACUCUGUGUUAUGCUUGUAGAUCUCAGUAGAGAGGAGGGUGGAGACAAAACUAGAAUUAGUUGGCUAUGCCUGCCAUUGCCUCAGGCUGCACCUGCUGUUGGUCUCCUUGCCUUCUGCCCUACCCUCCCGGGGGUACAAGCCACUACUGCUAAAUAUGACGGACGUUUGAUCAAAAAUAUGUACUUGCGAAAGCAGAAGUGCAACUGCUGAGAAAUCUGAAAAGCAGGUGUAAAUGAUUUCUCAGCUUAUGAUGAUCACUGGCGAGAUAAUGCCUGCUGGUUUUCACUCAGAUUUGGCCGGUUAAUGGGUAGCAGAACUUUCCCAGCUGCUUCUUUCUUUGUUAACAGUGCCCUGUUCUUUAAAACUUAAACAUUAUUAUUAUUAGUAGUAGUAGUAGUAGUACCCCACCCAUCUGACUGGGUUGCUCCAGGAUGCUCACAACCUUCAUUUUGAAUUAGUAACAUGGUGAGAAUCAGUUCAAAGUGACACACAGACACACACAUUUGAUCUGGUAAUAGUUUAUUUCACUUAACAGAUUGAUCAAAAGGAUUUUGAAAAGGAUAUUGCCACUUAGUUUUUGGUAGCUGUUGUCUUCCAGUGUGAAAAGUCACUCCUGUUAAAACUGAUUUAUUUUUUUUAAUCCAUUGAUGCAUCCCAGGACUGCUCAGCGAUGCUUAUUAUUACAUGUACAGUAGCGUUAAAUAGUUUGAAAACAAUGCUAACACUUUUGUUUAUUCCUUUUUGUACAGCUUUGCUUUUGGCUCCCUGAUCUCCGCUGUCGAUCCAGUAGCUACCAUUGCUAUCUUUAAUGCUCUCAAUGUGGAUCCUGUGCUUAACAUGUUGGUCUUUGGGGAAAGUAUUCUCAACGAUGCUGUCUCAAUUGUGUUAACAAAGUAAGUACAUGCCAUAAUGUUCCUCUUUGCUUGUCAGGGAGUUGUGAUUUUUGGCUGCAGCAUUUUGCUGUCAGACCCCCGCUUUGCCUCCAGAUAACAUAUGAAAUAGCCCUAUUCCCUAAGUGUACUUAGCUUUAUGACCUGAUGCUUUGUUUAUAAUCCCAAGGGUCUCAGCCUUCCAGUUUUAUUCACCUCCAAUGUCCUGAUCUGCCUUUUUCCUUUGAUCCCUGCUUACACACAGAAUGCUUCCCUCCCACAUUCUCACCUGCCUUGUUGAUCAAAGGAAAGAGCACCUUCUUUUUUCGUAGAUAAUAUUUUCCAAGGAGGCAGGAUCUAUCCAGCAUUGUAACACACACACACAGAAAGAGAGAGUGUGUGUGUCUGGGCCUUCUGCUGGUGGGUUUAGUCUUAAAAAGUGCAUCUCCUCUUUGCUUAGACAUAUUCCCAUCUAUUUUGCUGCAGCAGGCAUCUUCCUGGCUUAUUUUGUACCAUUGCUUAAGAGCAUCACACAAAGCGAAGCUAGACUUCCAGAUUAUUGUUGUUUUUUCAGUAGAGUUGCGUUUCCCCCUGGGGGGGAUUGCAUCAGCACUUGAUUUAAUGCCUCUUGACAUUCUACUUGUUAUAUCACAGUAAAAGCAUUUUAAGAGCAGUUUCAACAAAGAAAUAGAGGUUGAUGAGGUUUUUUUUUAAUGGUGCGGAGCUUGCAAGUCAUAAGAUUCAAAUAUGUAGCCUCUUUCCUUGUCCUUUUUUUUUUUAAUUGUUCCCAGCACAGCAGAAGGCUUGACAAGAGAACAUACGUCAGAUGUGAGUGGAUGGCAAACUUUUCUGCAGGCCUUGGGUUACUUUCUGAAGAUGUUCUUUGGUUCCGCAGCGCUGGGAACUCUAACCGGCCUUAUUUCUGCAGUAAUAUCCUUCGCUUUUAGGUAAAGUAAAGCAGAUGCAUAAAGCAGAAUGCCUUUCCAUUUUAAUAAUGACCCUCGGUCAUGUUUCAUACGGAGAUUAUCUUUUUUAAAAAAACAAAACAAAACCCAAAAACCUCAAAAGCCUUUUUGUUGGCAUUCUGUUCCCUCUCUUCCAUUUCGUUUUUAAUCGUAGCAGUGCCAGUGGGCAGUGAUUUUGGAUCGCAUUAAACCGUUGCAUUUCUAUGCAGCUCUCAUUAAGGCAUAAGCUACUGUAUAAUAGCUCAUCACACAUACUAAUAGAGGGGUAUAAAUAUGCUGAUUGUUUGCUGUGCUAGUCCUAAUGCAGUAAUUCCAUUUUCAGUAAUGGGUCAUUUUUGUUAGCAUAUGCUCCAGUUUUCAUAUGUAUAAAACAUCCCAUAAGCAGAUUAGGGAUUCUGCCCGACUUCUGCCCAAUUUGGGGAAAUUCUUCUGCCCAAUUUGGGGAAAUUCCUCCCCUCCCACUAUAGCUUCAUAUGAUUCAAUGCUUAGUAAGUUGUCCUUCAACUCUUGGGGGGGGGGGAAGGGGGAGGGGGGAGGGGAAGAAAAAGGGAAAGAUUAAUUGUGCAUCAUAGCCCCAAAUGUAUAUACCGCUUGUUGGGCCAUCAUUCUCAUUCAUUAAGGAUUUAUGUAAAACUGAAUUGGCUUUCCAUACUAGCUUGAACUCCAGAGUCCCUCCACUAGAGCCGCAUCUAGGGUUGCAGAGAUUGUGUCUCCUUUGUGCUGACAUAGUCUUGCGUUUUUAAUGGUGCUUGACUUCAUCUCCAACUGACUUCAUCUUGCAAAGUCAGGGAAGUGCAGGUGGUAUGUAAUUCAACACCAGUUAAGCAGCUUCAAAAGAUUUCUGGAGGAAAAAAAAUGGAAAACAAGCUGGCGAUUUCAAAAUAGUGCAGUGCAUGUAUAUUUCAAAGGCAGAGUAUAUUUUUAAUGUAAAUAAUAGAUUUUUUUAAGUAAAAAAGCAAACUUUAGCCAAAUGGUCUUUUUCAUGUCAUUCCUAAUGCAAACACUGAAUGGGGUUAUUUUGUAAAAUUAAACCUUUGUGGUUGAGCUGGGUUGGUGGGAAGAUGACCUUUUCAUCUUUUGAUCAUUGACAGCUGAGAACUGAAGAACAAAAAUGAGGAGGCGAGUAGUUCCGUUUCCCUUCUAUUAAAUUUUUCCAUUUCAAAAAAGUAGAACCUUAGCUCUGGAGCAUAAUAAUGUGUUAAGGCAAAAGGCAACUUACAUUAUUUGUUACCAUCAUACAGCUGAAUGAUUUGGAUGAAAAAUGCAUGUUUCUGGGUCACAGGCUUUCUAAUAAUUUUAUUUAUUUAGGUAAAACAUUUAUUAUACUGUCCUUCCCUAAACUGAUUCCAGUGUAGUUUGCAAGGUGAAAAAUACAGGGGGAUAUCCUACUAAGUCAUAUUCACAGUAGAUCCACUGAAAUUAAUGGACAAAUCCUUGCUUUCACCUUGUGGCGAAUGAGGAGAGAGCUUAGCCAGCCACUUGUCCCAGUUUGGACAACAUGCUAGGGCAAACCUUGGCUUAGUGCCAUGUGGCAUCAAAAAGUACCAGUGAGGAGCAAAGUGGCUGCAAGCUCCACUCCAGGAGCCAGGACAGUUGUGCAAUGUUGAUAGAUCAUGACUUGGCCUAGUGUGUUGUGCAGACCAGGCAUUUGUAUGCAGAGUGGGCCUGCUCUGCUUGUUGGAGCCUUUAAAAUUCGAUUCUUCCGACAGAGCAUCACCACAUGGCAGGAAAACACCAUCUAUUGUUCUACCUGAAACUAUAUCAGGCAUAGCCUAUGUGGUGCCCUUCAGAUGGUGUUGGAUUACAACUCCCACCAUCCAUGAUCAUUGGUCAUGUUUGCUGGGGCUGAUGGGACUUGGAUAUCUGGAGUGUACAACAUUGCCUGCCGCUGCACUAUACAGCAUGCAGAGAAGAAUACCAGAACUCUGCUUUGCACAGGGUAUAUCUCAUGGUUCCUAUAUAUUGGUUCACUAUGGGACCUCCACCACCAGCCCUCUUGUUCUCCCCUGGUCAAAAAAGAACUGUUUUUGUAUUUAUCCAAUUUUCCUGCUCCCGUAUCUUUCUUUUAUUUUGCUUAACUCUUUGAUAUUAACGUGCUGAAGCAUAUUGAUUUACGGAAAACUCCUUCCCUGGAGUUUGGAAUGAUGAUCAUCUUUGCUUAUCUUCCCUACGGACUUGCAGAAGGCAUUUCUCUCUCAGGUAAGUUGCAAAACGAAUAAGCCCAAGGCCUCUUGAGAUUGUCAAAAAGAUAUACAGUCUGUUGGGAUCGUCAGAACUUUCUGCUUCUUUGACAUAUUUCUUGUCCACAAUUUUCUGCAAAGGCUGUAGAGCUCAUGCGCCAAAUUUGUGCUACAGAGUCUUCAGUAGACUCUGCGUCCGCUAUGUUGCAUCCAAAUAAAAAGCUCUUCUGCUACUUCUGGAGGUUGCUUGAGCUCUAGUACAUUUUGUAGAGAAACUCCACAAUGUGGGAAAUGCACUGUUUCAGAUCAGUGCAUGCUUUUGUUCUACCCCAGUAGCUCAGGGUAGAAGGUAUUACCUAACCAAGACUAAUGCUUGGUUUAUUUGUGUCCUGGAACCCAACCUCCAGUCUGAGACUGAAAGAGAGGGGAUGGAUAGUGGGUUUAAAUCCCCAACGCAUAUAAACCUGGUGUUGGUCUGAGUUACUUUUACCCAGGGGAAGGAACAAGGUGGGGUGUGUACUCAGGCUGUACAUUCUAGGUACACUCAUCCUGUACACUCAGGCUGUACAUUCUAGGUAGAAGAAAGAACAGCUGUACAAGAGCCAUGCGUCAUAUGAAGUUGAUACUUAGGUAGUACAGUCAUACCUUGGGUUGAAUAUGCUUCAUGUUGAGCGUGUUUGAGUUGUGCUGCGUGGCAAUCCAGAAGUAACGGAGCGCGUUACUUCCGGGUUUCGCCACAUGCACAGACGCUCAAAGUGACGUCACGCGCAUGCGCAGAAGCAGUGAAAAGCGACACGCGCAUGCGCAGACGUGCUGUCGCUAGUUAGGUUUGCUUCUGGAUGCGAACGGGGCUCCAGAACGGAUCCCGUUUGCAUCCCGAGGUACCACUGUACAGUGGUACCUCAGGUUACAUACGCUUCAGGUUACAUACACUUCAGGUUACAGACUCCGUUAACCCAGAAAUAGUGCUUCAGGUUAAGAACUUUGCUUCAGGAUGAGAACAGAAAUCGUGCUCCAGCGGCGCAGCGGCAGCAGGAGGCCCCAUUAGCUAAAGUGGUGCUUCAGGUUAAGAACAGUUUCAGGUUAAGAACGGACCUCCGGAAUGAAUUAAGUACUUAACCUGAGGUACCACUGUAUAAAUAAAGUUCUUGGUUGAACUUAGUCAUGUCUAUAGGAAGAGAAGAAGAGGAAGUUCCCUCCUUAUUGAUGGAUCUAAGCCUGCUUUGUAGUCGGUUCCAACACUUUUUGCUCAUAAUGUAACCUGUGUGGUUACAUUAGUCCCAAGGCUAAUGCUACAUUAGCACCAACAAGGGUGCUUCAGGAAACCCAGGUCCCUUUCCAGAGUCUGAUAUAAUGGAACUUGGAACACAAUCUCCUGUUUUUAACACCAUUCCUACUCUCCUCCCCACCCCUACCCCCGCCACCAAAUAAGGGAUCUUGAAUUAAGACUUGGAAGGAAAUGCAUGUUUAAUCACCAUGAAACGUAAUGUAAGGAGCCUAAGUGCUCCUCUAAAGCAUCUGGGGGGUUGUGACUUGACAUAAGUCCAUUUGCAUUUAUUAUAUUCACAGGUGGGUGGGUGUGAAAGAUUACAGUCAAAUAGUGGUGGUUUCUGCAUAUAGAAUUUGAAACAUUCUCCCUCAUUCUUUCUGCAAAUACUUAAGAAAACUCCCAUUUGAUUUGCCACAAGUUUUAUAGUUCUUAUUAUUACAUUUCUUUCCAUCUUUCCUCCAAGAAGCUCAAAGAUGGCACAUACAGUUCUUUCUCUGUUCUAUCCUCUCAACAGCCCUGUGAGGUAGGCUAGGCUGAGAGACAAUGGCUGGCCCAGGCUCACCCAGGGAGCUUCAUGUCUGAGUGGGGAUUCGAACCCUGGUUGCCCACAUCCUAGUCUAAUGCUCUAACCUCUGCACCAUGGUGGCUCUCUGAUGUGUCUGUUCCAUCUAAGCCUGCCUGCCAUUCAUCUCAAGCAUCAGAGCUUGAAAUCCAUCUUGCUUUACAUGUAAGAGGUGCCCUAUUCCUUCCCUUUCUGGUUGUUCCUUUAUGAUUCUAUAGGAGGCAUGAUGGACGACUGCUAACAGCUUACACAGUGAAUCUAAUUCAUCUAAGGCAGACAUGAAGCAGCUCUUUUGAUGGCCACUUCCAUUUCACUUACGAUGGCAACACUUGUGUAUUGGCACAUAGAAUGUAGAGUGGAUUUUCAAGCUCUUCCCCGUCCUGUUGUUGUUGUUUAGUCAUUUAGUCGUGUCUGACUCUUUGUGACCCCAUGGACCAGAGCACGCCAGGCACUCCUGUCUUCCACUGCCUCCCGCAGUUUGGUCAAACUCAUGCUGGUAGCUUCAAGAACACUGUCCAACCAUCUCAUCCUCUGUCGUACCCUUCUCCUUGUGCCCUCCAUCUUUCUCAACAUCAGGGUCUUUUCCAGGGAGUCUUCUCUUCUCAUGAGGUGGCCAAAGUAUUGGAGCCUCAGCUUCAUAAUCUGUCCUUCCAGUGAGCACUCAGGGCUGAUUUCCUUCCGAAUGGAUAGGUUUGAUCUUCUUGCAGUCCAUGGGACUCUCAAGAGUCUCCUCCAGCACCAUAAUUCAAAAGCAUCAAUUCUUCGGCGAUCAGCCUUCUUUAAAAACCUCCCCAUCCUGAGGCGACCCCGAUGAUCCCAUGUUUACCCUUCUGUAGCAGUGCAUCCCAGAUGAAAUCUGGGAAACCGUGGAACUAUUAAUAAUUAUAAAUUUGGAGCCCAUUCAGCGAUUUAAUAAACACUUAAUGAAGUGUUAGGAAUUACAUUGGGCAAAUUGAGUUAUUAUGUAACUGAGCAUUUUAAAAAAAUCAGCCAAGGGAUUAUGGAAACACUGAGGUUUACUGAGCCUGUCAGCUACUAUCAGAUCACUAUCUGUGUUCUAAUGCUGCAGGGGCUUGGCCCCUUUUUGUGCCUGUAGCCCAGUCCUGAUUGCAUAGGAAGUUUUUCAUUUCCUUUGUGCAAGCACUUGCACAUCUGAGUGAAAUUCCUCAGAGCUUGGCAAAUGCUGUCUAGGUGGAGUUUGGUGACGUGUCAUGUGUGAUCUGACUUUCGUGGAUGGUACAUGCGGUGAUUUCCCUACUGGAAAAUAUCUCAGCCUGCUUCUUCCAGCUCUGUGAAUACAUAGAAAGUACACAGGGACUUUGAAUCAAUGGGCUUAGCUUUAAAACCAUAGUUCAGGUGUACUUUCAGAUGGCCUCUGAGACCACAGUCACAAUUGGGAGGGGGAUGCCAAAGAAUCAUGGCUUUAGCUACGUUCAACCCACUUUUCUGUCUGCUUGAAAAAAAAUAAAUUUAAAAAAUCAGUUCCGUAGAAGCUUGAAUGAGCUCACCUCCUGAAUAGUUGGCAAGAUGCCUUUAGUUUGAUAAAUCACAAGUUAUGCAGUAAAUCUUAUAUAAAUUUUGUUUUAAAAAUUGAAAUAUUAAAAAAAAUAGUCUCUCAAAACUAAGUUACUAAGAAGCAUCAACUCAAAAAAAAUUGGGCUUCUGUAAUUAUAGUAGACUCCAACCUUGACUCAAAGUCCCAAACUACAUACAUAUAUACGUACAUAGAAUCAGAGCUGGAAGGGACCCUAUGGAUCAUCUAGUCCAACCCCCUGCAAUGCCAGAAAAUGCACCCAUAUGGGGAUCAAACCUGUGACCUUGGCAUUAUCAGCCCCAUGCUCUAACCAAUUUUGCUGACCGGCAAGGCUAUAAUGCUCAAAGUAACUUGCUCUGAGCCAUAUUCUUUUCCAUUCCAGCUCAACCAACUUGUAGCCAAACCUCACCAGUCCUUUAAACUGCUUUUGCUAAAGAAAGUACCAAGUUAAUAGUGCUUUCUGAGUUUCAGUGGGCUUUCACCCAGGAAACCUUGUGCCACAAUAAAUGUGCUCAUCUUGAAGGGACCACUUCAGAUUCCGCCCCUCCCACCCCCUGAGCUGGCUUACUAACUGCAUUGAAGGGUGAGAAUAUUGUUGAUGAUGAAAGCAGUAUAUUCACAGACUGUAUGUAGUCCAGCGUUAUCUGCUAUCCCAGAAAAUAUUUUAUUUCCUUCUUGGUUUCUUGCAAGCUUUCCCCCCUGAAAUCUGGGCAGCGCAUGCUGUGGAAGGACAGAUGGUGCCGUUUCCUGGCCUGUAGAUGUUUUGAUUUAUAGCUCUUCUAUCCCUAAGGCAGAAAACAUGUGGAUUCAGCCUCUCAUAUGGUGAUGCAGCUUGGUAGCCCGAUCCAAAGUGCUUUAGGAGCUCCAGCACAAACCUGAGGCUCCGUCAUAAGCAGGGACUGCCUCCCAUUAAUCUCAAAGAUGCCUAAACAUCAGCAUCCAUCCUCCGAGCUGUCUCCAGUUUUGAAAAGAAUAAGGAAGCCCUUGCAUAUAUAGGAGCUUCUGUGCUUUCAGAGCUCAUAAAAAUGUCCUUUAAGCCUGACAGUGACAAGUUUGGCUAUGUUUGCCCAGGUUGAACCAGAUGAUUGAGGCGCCUUUGGCAGCUGGCCAAACUAAUUGUACAAUGUCGAUGCAACAACUUACACCCAAAGGUGGAGUAGGGCUCACUUCCUGAUUUAUUUUCCCCGUUCCGUUUUCUGCAUCACAGAGCAGUGUUGAUGUUUUGCUAAUUGGUCUGGGAUGAGCAAGAGCUGGGGGAGAUUUGUAAGGUUAUGCAUUGAUACGUGAAAUAAUAUUUAUCUGAUUUGUGCUGUUGUUUCUCCAGGUAUCAUGGCUAUUUUGUUCUCUGGCAUCGUGAUGUCUCACUACACUCACCAUAACCUCUCGCCGGUUACACAGAUCCUAAUGCAGCAGACACUGAGGACCGUUGCUUUCAUGUGUGGUAUAUGCUGUCUUCUUCUUGGUCUCCUUAAUCUGAACUUCAGCUAUUCAAACAAUUCCUGAUUAUCCAGACACUCAUGUAGCUCUCAUGUAGCUAUAGACUGGCUUGCCAUUAUUAUUACAGUCGUGCAUUGGAAGUCAAAUGGAAUCCAUUCUGGAAGUCCGUUUGACUUCCAAAACGUUCGGAAACCAAAGCGUGGCUUCUCAUUGGCUGCAGGAAGCUCCUGCAGCCAUUCGGAAGCCACGGAAGCCCCUUCAGACGUUUGGCUUCCAAAGAACGUUCACAAACCAGAGCACUCACUUCCGGGUUUGCGGCGUUCGGAAGCCAAAACGUCUGAGUACCAAAGCGUUUGGGAUCCAAGGUAUGACUGUAUUAUUAUUAUUAUUAUUAUUAUUAGUCAUUUAUAUGCUGCCCAUCUGACUGAGUUGCCCCAGCCACUGGACAGCUUCCAACAAACUGAAACUCAAUAGAGCAUCAGACAUUAAAAAACCCUGACCAGGGAAUUGUUUCUCACAUUUGUAUCCUGCCAUGGAGCUCAGGGCAGUGUGGUUAGGAGUUAUUCUGCACAGCAUGAUGCGUGAGAGGCAGUGUGGCCUAGUGGGUGGAGUGCUGGACUAGGACUCGAGAGGCCAGGGUUCAAAUCCACACUCAGCCAUGAAGCUCAAGGGGUGGCCUUGAACAAGUCACUCACAGUCUCUCAUCCUAACCUACCUCACAGGCUUGUUGUUAGGAUCAAAUGGCAAGGAAGAAAACCCUGCGCCCCACCUUGAGCAAGUAGUAGUGGUUUCAAGUUAUCAUAAGAGUCUCACUGGAUCUAAGGGAUGUGAACCUGCGGCCCUCCAGAUGUUGUUGGACUCCAACUCCCAUCAGCCCCCACCAGCAUGACUAGGAAUGAUGGGAGUCUGAGUCCAGUAACAUCUGAAGAGUCACAGAUUCUCCAUCCCUGAUCUAGUUCAAUGUCUUGGACAUCACUGGAUAUCCAGAUGUUUCUGGGAAAGCCAGCAUGGAGGUGAUGUCUCGCCUCUGCUGUUGUCCCUCAGCCUCCCCUGCCUGUGAACCUGGACACUUAAGAUACCUUGGGUAGCAGCCGCUGCCAGAACGAUCACAUCUGAAUUCAUCUAACCACCGUUUAAAGCCGUUCAGAGACAUGAAUUAUAGGCAGAGAGAGAAAUGUUCCUGUAGCCAGGGGAGUAUCUCUUCCACACAUUUCCGACUUACUAAUACGGAGUCUGCCAAGCAGUCUAAAGUCACCUUUACUGCCAAACAAGAUAAAAUGUGCAGUAAAUCUUUUUCUCUCCCUCAUCCUCCGGGCUCUGGCUAAGACUUGCCACAAGAUUGAUAACAAAAUAGAUCUCUUUGACUCCUUUCCCCCCCUAGGCUAUUUUUAGAUUUAGGAGAUGCAACAUGCCUACAUUGCUGUUAAAAGCUUUUGGAUAUAAAGAAACUUUUUUUGGGGGGGGGGACCUGGUAACAAAUGAAUACAAAAGAAUAUAAAGUGACUAAAAAAGUAUUCUCUGCAUAGCCCAUCCUUUCUGAUAUUGCCUUAUUUUAGUCAUUUUUGUCUGUCAUUUUAAGUGGGGAUUACCUUAUUGUUAUUAUCACCAUAACAUUUAUGUCAUACUUUUCAUCCAAGGAGCUCUGGGUGGUGCACACUGUUCUCCUCCUGCUCCUUAUUUUAUCCUCACAAUAACCCUGCGAGGUAGGUUAGUCUGAGAGACAAAUGAUUGGCCUGAGGUCAACUAGUGAGCUUCAUGGCUGAGCCCUCUUCUCACUGGUCCUAGUCCAACACUGUUAAUUGCUAAACACAUUAAUUAAUUCUAAGCACAUGCAGUUGUCUACUCCUGAUAAACUAGUUAAAGGUAAAGGGACCCCUGACCAUUAGGUCCAGUCGUGGCCGACUCUGGGGUUGCGGCGCUCAUCUCGCUUUACUGGCCGAGGGAGCCGGCGUACAGCUUCUGGGUCAUGUGGCCAGCAUGACUAAGCCGCUUCUGACGAACCAGAGCAGCGCACGGAAAUGCCGUUUACCUUCCCGCCGGAGUGGUACCUACUUAUCUACUUGCACUUUGACGUGAUUUCGAACUGCUAGGUUAAUGUAAGGCUCUUUGUGCAUCCAAAGUAUAAUUCAUUUGCUCUCAUCUGUUUCUCUGCUGUGUCCCUGCUCUCUCUCACGGUUUUCAUAAAGGUAGCAUACACAUACAAGGUCUUUAAUUAUUAGGUGGGGUGGGUUGCUGUUGCUUUUGUUCACCAGUUCAAUGUAUGCUCCCCCAACUUAAGAACAUAAAAGGAGAUACAGCCCAAUUUUAGAGCUUUCUGCAAAGGAAGCAGAAGAGGAAACUCCUACUCCCUGUUUCCUCUUCUAGGAAGGCAGUAGCCUUUAAGAAGAAAAUAGAAAAUAUCAGGGUGUCAUGAAUGCUUCUUUCCAUUUCUCUUUACAACACUAUUCCAGCUGCCUGUUCAUUUAUGCAGCUGCAUACGUAUUAAGUUGUCCUUUUAAGAAUUCCCCACACCGUUCAGGCCACAGUAAUUCAGUGCUAAUAAACUGCAGCAUCAAAGGGUCAUGCAUGUGGUUUUGCAUUAUCCAGCCUGGUUGACUGUUCAUCUCUGUUUUUUCUCUUUCAGAAACAUGCGUUUUUGCAUUUCUAGGCCUAUCAAUAUUUAGCUUCCCUCACAAGUUUGAAAUGUCCUUUGUCAUCUGGUGCAUAGUAAGUACUUUCUUAAGGGAUAAAUAUUCAUACUUUUUUUAAGAGAGGUGUUGUGUUGAGCUCCUUUGGUGCGGUUUCAAAGAACCCCCAAAUUUUAAUGGUUCCAUUUUCUGAUGAGUUAUGAACCCACUGAAUAGCCAUUGUGUUUUGUUUUGAUUUUUUAAAAAAGGUUCUUUUUUGCAAAAUAGGAAUAAUGGCAAAGCAUUCUUGGUGACUGCACUUAGGGGCACCAUGUCAAAAGCCUGAGACAGAGCUUUUCAAAAGUUCUAUCUUGGUCAAAGUUCUCAAGGGUCUGUGAUUUUGGCAUAUAUUCUCUUUGUAGUAUAUUUAUCUGGGUAUAUGUGAAAAGUUCAGAAAUGCAGGUCUCAAGAACAGGGUGAUUGAGAAAGUUAAGUAAACUAACAAUCACACUCUGGAGUUGUGGGAUUUUCUUAUAAUUUAGAAAUGUCCACCCUAAUGAAAUCUCAUCGACUUUUAGUGGCUGUGCUCUUGAGUUAGCAGAGCUCUGUGAAUAGAUCAGAUUGACGAACAGGUUUUUGAAGUCCGCUUAAAGGUUUGUUUGGUCGAGGCCACCCUCACUUCCGUGGAGCGGGAGUUCCAUAAUCUGAAGGCCCCUCAGUUUAUGGAACUGCUAUUUGUCAGAAUAGAAUUUAGCAGACUAACAGAAACCUGCAAUUUACUCUUCGGGGAGGAGGGAGGAUUUGGAUGGAGCUAUGUCUUCUACCCUCACAAGCUGAUACCUCUGGCCCUAACUGUUCCCCUACGGAAGAAUUCACCACACGCCGCUGCUCUUUUACCAACCUCUAAGAGGCUGCAGCAGGAGCCAGGGUGGGGCUCUGGGUUAAGAGCCUCACCACGAGGCUGGGAGAACAGCUUGAACAGCACAUUGCUACUAGCACUAGAUCUUGUCCCUGAUCUUAACACACUGCUUACCUGAACAGCCCCUCAUUGACCCUCGGCUUCCUGGGGCAUGGACCUUGCGCUGCCCCUUGGUUUGCUUUUUCCCCGAGCCCUUAUUGGAGCAAAUAACUUGCCUGGAAUUGGACCUUGGAACAGCCUUGGACAUUCCUGCCUUGCACAAAUCCCCUGCAACCAGGGACCCAGCAAGGGCAAGACAUUGUGACUUGUCCAGUCCCGCAUCUUGUUUCCAGCAUUGGCCUGCUGGGUGCCUCCAUAAUAAGCUCGCAAGCACGACAAAGCAGUGAUGGCUACCUUGGAGAGGUACUGCCUCUGCCCAUUUCGCUCUCUGGAGGCCUUGGGAGCUAGGCAUUUGCUUCUCUUUCGAAACAAAAGGUGCACAUCUCAGAACACGACAUGCUGUUAUGCAGUGGUUGUGCAAAAAACCCAUAGCUCUUGCCUAAGCUCUGACAAUAUAUAGUCGUGAUUACUUAAUGCACUCUGCUCCCUUGCAUAUUUCCUUGGAAGUGUCUCUCUUUAUUUAGAGCUGCUUUAUUUCCAAGUAAACGUGGAGAUUAUUGGCUGCUUGCACUGUCUCAUAGUCAGAAAUAGUUAAGAGUGUCAGAAUGAUGGAUUCCCCUCCCCGCUUUCAGUGGGCAGUCUAAAGAGAAUAGUCUACAGCAGGGACUGCUGCUAGCAGGGAGUGUUAUUCUGUCACUGUUGAACAGUGAAUUGCCAGGGGGAGGAGCAUAUGAAUGAUCUUCGAAUUGUAGAGUUGGAAGGGACCCCGGGGUCAUCUAGUCUAACCCCCUGCAAUGCAGGAAUCUCAGCUAAAGCAUCCAUGACAGAUGGCCAUCCAAACUCUGCUUAAAAACCUCCAAGGAAGGAGAGUCCACCACCUCCCAAGGGAGACCGUUCCACAGAUAAGUUUGUGUGUGUACGCGCGCAAACACACAAGAAUAUAUAUACCUACGUUUAGGACAAUAUGGGAAGGUUGUCUUUUGAUGGGGUAUAACUGAGAAAUAAAAAAAAAUACAUCUAAUAUUUUACAUACGUCACACACAUUAUUGUAACCUAUAUCAUGAGCUACACCCCACUCCCCUUUUUAAAGGAGUAGUUUUCAUUAUCCCUUUAGUUGGGGCAGUGAGCUUCUUAUUUCCAUGGAUGCAAUUCUUCCUCUUCCCGCACAGCCCCUAAAUCUGUUCUGUGUUUCCCCCUGACCCUUUUGAGCAGAUUUGGGGAGGGCACGGGGCAUACGCAGGGACAGGAGAGGGAGGAGGAGUUGUGCAAAAUAGAAAUCCUUUUUCCGGUGGAAUCACUUCCUUGGAUACUAACCCCUGGCAGAAGAGCUGGUGUAUAGUGACUUAUUUGUGACUCUUGAUUAUCAGCUGAUCUGAGGAGCGUCCUCACUAGCCAUUUACAAUUUGGACUGCUCUGAUGUGCCUGAAAGAAUGCUUCCCCUUGCCCAGUGGCUAAUUUGCUUGCCUUUUGACAGGUGCUUGUGCUUUUUGGCAGAGCUGUCAAUAUUUUCCCCCUCUCCUACCUGCUCAAUUUCUUCCGCGAUCACAAGAUCACCCCAAAAAUGAUGUUCAUCAUGUGGUUUAGUGGUAAGUAUUUUGGCUUACUUGAUACUUUUUAAAAAAAAAAUCCUAGUUAUUUCUUCAUAUUGUACUACUGAUCAACGUUUAUGGAGCAAUGCAAGCAAAUAGACAGGUCCCUGCCCUGAGGAGUUUACAGUUUCCAUUUUUUUUUUGGUAUGCUACUAAUUUAACUGCCCUGCAUCAGCCAGUAGCAAAGCACAAGUUUUGCAUGCCGAAGUUCUCUGGCUGAGGCAUCUCCAGUGGAAUGGACAGGUAGAAGGUUGCUGUGUGGAUGCUGUGUUUAUGGAGCCAGGUAGGAGGUGAUGGGGAAAAACCUCCAGGUGGAGACCUCCGGGCAGCGUUACUGCCAGUCAGAGUAGGCAAUACUGGGCUGGAUGUGCCAGUGACCUUAGCAUAAAGCAACUCAAAUGUCCAACAUUUUGUGAAGGAGACACUAGGAACAUAGCAAGCUGUCCUAUACCAAUGGUCCAUGUAAAUCAGUUAUGUCUGCACUGACUCACAGCAGCUGCUCAGGGCUUCAGCCAGGGGUCCCUCCUAGGCCUGUCUGGAGAUGCCAGGGAUUAAACCCGAGGCCUCCUGCAUGCAAAAAACAUGUUACCACUGAGCUGCAACCCUUUCCCCAACAGAGACAGGGUGAAGGGUAACAAGGGAUGACAAAUGCAGCCUUGUCAAAAGUCUGUGGGCUGCAGUAGAUGAAACCAGGGUGCUGGGUAUGGGAUGUGCCCAAUCUAAAAGCAACAAGUAAAACAACCAAAUUGUUUGUGUAGCUUAAGAAGCCUGCCUAUUGGUAAAUAAAUUGCAUUCCUUAUUUUCCCUCUGCUCAUCUAGGCUUGCGUGGGGCCAUCCCAUAUGCCUUGAGCCUCCAUUUGGGCUUGGAGCCGAUAGAGAAGCGGCAGCUCAUUGGCACCACGACAAUCAUCAUUGUGCUGUUCACCAUCUUGUUACUGGGAGGAGGGACCAUGCCCUUAAUCAGACUGAUCGACAUUGAAGACUCCAAAGCCCGGCGAAAGAACAAGAAGGACAUUAACCUCAGCAAGACAGAAAAAAUGGUGAGCUCCUUUUCCUUCCAGGCUUAAGCGGGGCGGAUCCUUCACUUUCGCCAAACUCUCUGACCGCUUCUGUCACUAUGCGAAUUAAAGGAAAGGCCAGACCUUCAGGCCAAGGAGUUGAUGGCCUCCUGAAUGUUCUGCAUGGAACAUCUUUUUUUUUUUUUUUUUUUUAUUUAAUUUAAUUGCAUUAGCAUACAGCCAUAGCAAAAUAAGAUAAUAAAAAAAAUGUUGGGGACAAAUAAUAAUGAAAUUCAAAGCGAUAUUGCUGGCGUAUGACAUUUAAACACUGAACAAUACAGAGAUUUGUGCCAGCAAAAACUAAUAUGGAUAUAAAUAGAAAAAAGGCUAAAAUAGGCUCAACACAUUGAGUUAAGGCAUAAAAGAAUAACAGGUCAGGACUAGGCACUACUGUCAGAGUAGCCCUAGUUCAAAUUUACCUUGAAGAUUGCACCCACGUAGAAAUUCAGGGGAUUUGCGUCUGAAGUGCCUGGGCAGUCACCUUAGAUGAAAUGGAGGGCAGGAUCAAGAGGAGAGCUUAGGUCUUAUUGGGUGCAAUAGGGCAGUAGAAAAGAAAUGUGAAGUCUCUAGCAUUCAUUGUGCAUGGACAUAGGCACGUGAUGUCUAGGGGUCUUAGGUGGGUCCCCCUGCAGAGAGGCCGUGGGGUAUAGAAUGGCAGGCAUUUAUGGCAGCUCUUCUCAAAUUGGGCUCCGUCAGGUCUAUCAAGUGGUGUAGGCGAUCUUACCACUUUCUUUGGGAGCCACAUGGAGGCGAGCCCAGGUGGACCUGCCCGGUCCAUGGCCUCAUCUCUUAUAAGAAUCAGGCAGUUUUAUGGUGGUCCCAAGAUGACAACGUGUCGAGAUUACCAAGGAGGGUAAGUACGAUAAUAGUCUCAUGGCCUUGGACCAUUUGUUGAGUGAACAAGUUAAAGGCUUACCUGGCUAGUAGGAACCUGGGGCAUUGAUUGUUUACAAUAAAAACUAAUUCUAAUGUGGGCUCUAGCAACAAUGGAAGGCCCAGUUCUGUUCUUAACUGAGCAGCAACCCGAGCCAGGGAGACCCCAGUAUCUUCGUGCAAAGAGUUUGUAGAAUCUCAGCCGUUGUAGUGUUUUAAAUUCCACCCCCAGAUUUCAACCCCAUACAAUAACAUCGGGAGGACUUUUUAUAACAAAUGCUUUUCCUGAUUAAUUGGAGACAACUGGCCUUUGCAUAGAGGGCUCUCAAAGGCACUGGUUCUACGGGCAGCCAGGAUGGUCAUAUUUAGGUAGAGCUGAAGUAGCUAAGCCCAUGCUGAAAAUUCCCAAAUACCCAAAAGCUGAGCAAUAUUCAAUAGGUGGCCUCAAAGUUCCAGAAUGGCUCGAGUUUUGCAUUUAAAAAGUAGAAUUUUGGUUUUAGCGAGUGUUUGAAAUUGGUAUCACAAUAUAUGCUGAGCCCUCUGAGCAUGGCUGUUGACCUCACUUGGUUAAGGCAGUAUCACCAUGUCGUCCGCAUGAGUAAUAUGGGGAUCUUAAGCUGUUGUAGAGAGGGGGCAGAUUGAUUUAGGGCCUGCAUCGUUGUAACGAUGUCGUUGAUAUAGAAAUUGAAUAGAAAGGGCCAAGAGGCGCCCUGGCUUGACCCCUUAUUCAGAGGGAAAGAAAGAAUCAGAAAGAGUCAAUUUUACUCUGUGAUAUGUGUCAUUAUGAAUUUCCAUAAGAAGAAGGAGUCUCUUAUCUAUGUUGGUGUAACUAAAGCUUCUGCCAUAGCCUAUCUCUGGGAAUGGAGUCAAAAGCGGAGGUCAGGUCACAAAGCCGCGUGGAUUUUUGUUUGGGUCUAAACCCUGUUUGAGUAUUUAUCAAUCAGGGUAAUCAGACAGUGUGAAAGCCCAGAUGUACUGUGACCUUCUGAGCAGACUGUUCAGUGGAAUAGCUUUGUUUCUUCUGCCCACUCGAUUAAUUUCUCUAGCAGAAUCUAGAGUAAACCUUGUAUGAUAUGUCUAGCAGGCUGAUGGGUCGAUAGUUACGCGGAUCUUGUGGGUCCCCCCUUUUAUGUAUUGGGAUGACUAUGCUCUGUUUCCAAUUUGGCGGGAUCUUAAGAGUGGCAUUAAUAGUGGUAGAGAUGCAAAGAUAGGGCCCACCACAUCUGGUUCAGCAGAAUACCUCGGGUGAGUCUGUCUCCCCAGGAUUAUCCCCUGAUAACAUGCUAGUCAGUUUGUACAUCUCUGGGAGACUGGCUCCCAGGUGGGCAUAGAACAGAUGCAGGAAGAGUGGAAACUGUUUGCUGAUCCCCAGUGAGGAGUACAGCUGAGCCAGUGAGAGUGCCAACUGGCUGCUGUGAUGUUAUUAGAGUGAAUGAGGUCCCCAAACCUGCAUUAUUAAAUUCCAAUUUCCUGUCCGAUUUUAAUGGCCACUGACAAUGCCGUCAGCGUUCUUUAGCAAAGAUCAAUUUCUUAUGUUGGAACACUUCUUGUAGUAAGACGGAAUUGGGCUAACUCCCUGAUUUUGCUCUGGGUGCUGUCUCGUUUCAUAUCAGACUGAAGAGAUCUAAGCCUACUUCUGUUUGCAUUCUUGGUCGAACCAAGUUUGAUUCUUCAGUUAGACUACGCAGGAGGGUUUCGUAAGUGAUGGGAGCAAGUGUUUAAUUUAUUGGAAACACCGAGAAAUGAUUCAGCUCAUUUGUUACCAGCUGAGCUUUCAGGGCUAGGAUCUCAGGUGGGAGGACUUUUUAUGUCUUGCUCCAGAUAGAUAUCCCACUUCUUACGACCGGGGCUGGGGUCAGUGGAUCCUGGGAGGGUGGCUGGGGAGCCCCAGCUGUGUGUGGUGAUGUGUGGAGGUGGUCACUUUCGGUUCUGUUGAACACAUUGAAACAAUAUGCCUUAUCAUUAAGUGCCGGGGAGGAUAGAUAUAAUCUAUAACGCUUGCCCUCUAGAUCCUAGAAAGUACCCACUCCCCGGACCGGUCUUUGGGUGUACCAUGCAUGUGCAGCCCGCAGUUAAUGGUAAACUCCAGCAUUAUGAUGCCAGCCCCUAUUGGCAGGUCUUGUCAAACACUAUUAGAUUACAGGAAACCACUCCUCUUCUGAAUAGUUCAAACAGCCGGUGAAUGAGCUUAUAUCUGUCGAUUACGCGUAAGAUCCACCAUUAUGAGGAUCUCUGUUUGGAAUUCAGCUAGUUUAUCAAGGAUAAAUCUUAGAUCCUCCAAAAUGAUUUGUAUGGAAGAGGUAGAUGAGUUGCUAACACAUAUGAAGUCCCCAGCUGACUGUUAGUGAUGUGCAAAAGAAAGUUUGAAUACAAUUCUCUCUAACCCAAAGGAGAGAAGAUAGCCAAGAUGAAACUCCUACAAACAAAUGACCACCAGGCCUCACUGGGCGCCCGCACAAAUGUUUUGGACCUUAGAAUCACAAAAGCAUCAUAGCCCAGUAGGGAAGGGGUGGCGAUUCUAACCACCAGGACUCUUGUAUACCAUAAUCUAGAUUUAGCUAAAACUCUAUCAUAUCCCACUUCAUCCUGUUUGACAUCAUCCACUCCACGUUCCAGGAUAGCACAUUGAAACAGUUGGGGGAGGACUGAUCAAGGUCCUCAUAGUUCUUUAGUGAAGAAGCAUUGCCAAGGGUCUGGGGCCCCUUUGGCGUGUUUGUGUGAAGAAUUAUCGAAGGGUGGUAAUUUGGUUUGUGUGUGCAGGGUCUUUAAUAAAGCCUGAGCUGUCUAUUGCACAGUGGCUUCCUUAGCGUUUCUUGGCCAGAGAGGUUACGGAUACAAGAGGUUCUGGAAGCGGGGUUUGACUGACGAGGAGGAUAUACAGUCUGCCUGGACCGCACUGAAUGAGGACUCAGGUCCAGGCAUGGAAGCAGGACGUGACAGAUUACCUGGAUGAAUGGUGUUUGGCAGCCCUUUAAGGCGAGGGGCGGGAGUAGUUGAUUGCAAAUCAUAGUAGAGUGAAGAGGUCUGCGUUGCGGCAGUGUAUGAGAAGCUUCCAUGAGCGAACUGCCAUAUCAUCCAUUCUUGAGUCCCAGUGAUUGGCAGGGGUUUCUGGGGUGUUAGUCCCUUUGUGACUGUUCCUUUGAUUUAAUAGUUUUAUGACCAGGUUUUGAGAGUUUUCUCUUUCCCAGUACAUGUGUAGUGCUGCCCAGAGUGUAUCAAGCCUCAUUUAUAUUAACUUCCUGUGUUCUGCAAUGGCAGCUCAUAUGGAUAAAUCAGGUCCUCUCUGAGGAAGCCAGAUGACUGGGUCCACUUUGGUCAUCACUUCAUUGGGUAGAUAAACCAGGAAGCUAGGGCUGAGAGGAGGUGAGUUCUAGAUUGGACAGCUUGGUUUCAGACUAUGUGCGCCCUGUGGAUACCUUUGUACGAUGCUACGGAAAAGAGGUUUAGUCCUAGUGUCAUUAAGGCUCGUUGAAUUUGGAGUAGCCAAGCCAUAACUGCGCCUAACCCGGAGGGUACGGUGACUGGAAGGAGGCAGUACUUUUUGUGUGCAGUGAUAUCAGGUUCUUUCUUUGCAUUACAGUGCAUGGAACAUCUCUGCCCUUUAAUCCUGGGCUUGACAGAGCCCUUUUCCAGUUUGUAAUACCACUCACAACUUGAAGUUUAAUGGCAAGUUAUUUCCUUUAAGUGAAAUAGCAUUUCUGCUGAAAUGCAGUCAUGAUAGCACUGGGUGGACUGAGUCACAUAUAAGUGGAUGAUAAUAACACAUAGAUAGUGAGUCACACAUCACUCAGGGAGACAGUGGUGUUCCUCUCCGCCAUUAAGCGGCAGCUGUAAAUCACUAGCAAGCUGUUCAAAAUGGGGAUAUGCACGGCUCUGUUCAGAGAAAGGCAGAGAGAGUUCCCCAAAGAGUAAAGUUUGCUUACGUCCACUAUCUUGCCAAACCAGAAGUACUGUGAAACAGUUGGCUGUACCCAAGCUGUUGUUCUGCAAUGUACAGAGCAGGUAGCAAAGUGUUCAGAACAGGCCAGUGCUUUACUGAGAAAAUGAGUUGUACUGGAACAUAAAGCCUUACGUGUCUGUUGCACCAUAUCCAGGUGUUGUGUCAAACAGGGCAUGCCAAUGUGGUUCCCACGGGUGAGAUGCCCUUGAAGUCUUCCUCUAGUGCCCCUAAAGCCUCUGAACUCACCUUUCCACUCCAACCCACUUGAUCAUGCAGUGCUUGAGGACGCUUACCUUGUUCUCCCCUGAAAAGCACCUACAGCUGAAGCAGGAAUUUGGAAGACUGGUUCUCUCCCCACUUCCUCUUUCAUCUCUAUGUGCUUUUCAAAGCCCAGGUUCAUUCUACCUGAUCUGACUUUCACCCAGAUCCGUUGAAAAGUGAGCAGUGUGUGAGAAAGAGCGCUCACACACGCAUGCACACGUAUGCUUUCUUUCUCUUGUGUGCAGGGGGGGAGCGGGGAGCUGAUCCAGGGCAGGGGGAGAGAACCAGGUAUAGCAGGUAGCUCCCACAUCACUCACUCAAAAAUCCGAAUGCACCCACGGCCCUUAAAACACUGGUGACUCCAACGUCAUUAUCUCCCAUCGAAGACACUUAAAAGCCUAGUUUACAUGUUGUGCUAAGCCACAGUUUAGUGGCAUGUGCAUGGACCUCAGGCUCAGGGGGUUUCGCCCCCCGGCCCGCCUGUGUUAAAUAGGGCAGGCCACGCCCCUGAGCCAGCUGAUUGGCUGUUCAGGGGAUGACAUGGCCGGGGAUUCCCUCAAUCGUGUGGAGGCUGAGAGCCAGCCGCCACGCGCGCGGUGUGGGCGUGAAGCCCACAACACUACCUCCUUCUGCAGGCGGAAGUGGCUUUCUUGACCAUCCAUCUACUUUGAUGCUACUGGUGCAAAUCCAGACUGGGCAAAGCUCAGUUAGAGGCUUCAUUCACGAAAGAGGCAAGCGGCCUUCCUGGAUAAAUACUAUACUAGGUCCCUAGCAGGUGCGCUUGCUGCUUUCCUUCUCCAUGUGUUUGGCACAGCCAUAACCAUCAGCAGUAUCAGAACAGGACUGACGAAUGCCAUGGCAAUUUUAGCCUCCUCUGAACCCACAUUCUUGAAAUGGUCUGCUGGAAAUUGGCAUUUCAUUACCCAAACGAUCGUUAUUAUUUAUAUUGCUGCUUUCUGUCGGGAGUAUUGAUUGGCUUCAGUGAAGUAUGUGAAUGGGAAAGGCUAAGAAGUGACGGAGGAAACAAUGGUUUGGGAUUCUGAUGUUUCAUUUCCCUUCUCUGAUCUCUCCAGGGUAACACCAUUGAAUCUGAACACUUGUCCGAACUCACCGAGGAAGAGUAUGAAGCCCACUACUUAAAGCGCCAGGACCUCAAAGGAUUUAUGUGGCUCGAUGUUAAAUACUUGAAUCCUUUCUUCACUAGGCGGCUCACACAAGAGGUGGGUUUGACCAUUGUGCCUCUGAAUACCAUUUGCUGGGAAUUGCAGGUGGGCAGAGUACUGUUGUGCUCAUGUCCACCUUGCAGGCUUUCCACUGGCAUCUGGUUGGCAGCUGUAACGCUGAACUAGAUGAGCCAUUGGCCUGAUCCAGCACAUUCUUAGGAAUCACUUCGCACAGCAAUGUCCUGAAGCAGUUUAGAAGAAAAAUAUAUAGUGAUACUGUAAAAACACACACCCAACUUAUUAAAAACACUAUUAGUGUAAAAACAUUCAAUCAUUGUUUCUUAGGCAUCUAGGUAGCACCAAACAAAAACAAACAAACCUAUAUUUGCUUGGUGCUGAAACAGUGACAGCAUUGGUGCCGUUCAGGCCUCCCUGGAGAGAGAAGCUAGGUGUGGGAUUCAGGAGAGAAAGGGCCAUCCCCAGGCUGAGACAGACCCUGGCAGGGAAAUUCCUUCCACCUGCAAAGUUUCUUUAUUCUGUGUGAAUGUUGCCACUACGCUCCCUUGGAUGAGCUACAGCAACAUUUUGUAGCAUACAAAGAAAUCUUUCAUAAUUGGUUUAGAUUCAGUGCCUGCUUUGUUCAGAACCCACACGUUCAAAACUCGCACUUCUCAGCCACAGGCUGUUCUUCCAACACAGGGAAAGAUAGAAAUGCUGUCUUAAGCGGUUGCAAUGUUCCUUUGCCUUAGGACUUACAUCACGGACGCAUACAGAUGAAAACCCUCACCAACAAAUGGUACGAAGAAGUGCGACAAGGGCCCUCUGGUUCUGAAGACGACGAGCAGGAGUUACUGUGACAGGGUGGAGUCCCUUGCGUCAAUGACACCAAAAAUUAGAUUUAUGACAGUACUUGAGCUGUGCAGAGUGUACUCAGUAUACAUCUUUGUAAGAGUGCCACCCGGAAACUCCUUUCCUAAGAAAAGGUUGCACCAUAGUUUGAAACGAAAGAUGAUCUCUAAUGCCAAAUGUCUCUGGGAGUUAUGUCGAAUCCUUGAACAGCAAGCACCAUCUACUUUGGAAUAAUGAGAAAAUGGGCUGUACCCAUUAUGAUUGUACAUUAGAGAGAUUUCGUAGGACUGUGUCAAAAAACAACAACCCAUAAUGCACUUUAUCCUAUACUUUGUCAAAUACACUGACUCGUGGUGGGAAUGAAUGAUGAAUAAUACUGUGAACUUCUAUCAGUGGGGUGAGCAAGUUAAAUUAUUAUUUCAGGUCCAUCUUUAUAUUUGCUCUGUUAGUAUAUUAUGGGGUAGGGGUGUGGAGUAAGAAUGGUACCAGAAGACUGUUACUGUGCAUGAAGAAAAGCACCUAAUUAAAACCUCAUUGUCUCUGGUAUUUC